AUGACAGAGAUUGAGUCUAAAGUGAAGUAUGCGAAACUAGCAAGGUCCCUUCCGACAUAUGGGGUCUCCUUCUUCCUGGUGAAGGUAAGAUAAAAUAAGAGAGGGUUGUAUUUUCCAACAGAAAGUAAACUGAACGAUUUACUAUGUAAAUACAGCUGACUGCAAAGUUAAGAUUAGCCUUGAGAGCUGUGUGUGCAUGCGAGCGAGAGAUAGCGAAAGAGAGUGAGAGAGCGAUAGAGAGUGAGUGAGUUAGAGAGAGUGAGUGAGAGAGAGAUAGCGAAAGAGAGUGAGUGAGAGAGAUAGAUAGAGAGAGUGAGUGAGAGAGAGACGAGGAGAGAGAGUUGGGGGUUUUAAGAGCAUGAUAAAUAAUUAAUUUUAGCAGCACUCUCUCACACAGCAACCACAGCCAAAAACAUAGAUAUACUGUAGGUAAUGCACAUUUUGGAAGUUUAUUGCAACCUUUAAUUUGUUAAUUGUCACUCUUAAACCAGCUCAGUGCUCCCAGAACAAGCCUUCCAUAACUGUAAGGCUCCUAAAUAUGAUAUGGAAGGAAUUCAGCCUGUCUGUGAUGGUGGGACUACGGCCAAUGAAACCUCUCUGACAGUUCACCUGUGCUGUGAGUCCCAGACCAGAAGAUGUUUCAAAACCUCACCCACCUGCUUUGUCCGAAAUAAAAGGUUACAGAUUUAAGAUCUCUAACAUGUCAAACCACUUCAGAUUCCAAAAUCUGACUUCCUGAGUUGAAUACACUGUGAAAAACGACUUAAGCAAAGACAAUGAACAAUUGGAAUAGUUCUCUAAACAUAGCUACCAUGAUAUUCAACAUAAUUUUAUCUGACCUUGGAUGAAAACUGUACAAGUUGCUCUAAAGCUGUUCCCUUGUUCCUGUCUUGGAGCUAUACUUUUUUAACCUGAAAUAAAAACAAUUGCCUGGAGACGUGAAAAGGUAUUUUUCAACUCCCCGUCCUCCUAACUGUUAAUUGUGUGUAGUGUUCAGCGUUGCUGGAGUGGUGCCUCUGAAGUGAGGCAUAAUGGAUUGUGUGCGGGCAGAGAGGAGGAGGGCACUAGAGCCAGGCAGAGUCAGUGUGCUGCUGCUGGUGGAAGCUCCAUCCUGACAAACUGACAGCCAGGCUGAGGCUCCCCUAGCAACAGAGGCCUGGCCUGGGGAAGGAGGGGGAUGGCCUGUUCAGCAAAACAGCAGGGAGCCCCGGUUAAACAAGCCUGAACUCUGCAAGGUCACUCCCCAUCCGCCCUCCUCCUCCACUGGGGCUCCUGACUCAGGACAGACAAACAGAACAGAGCAUGUGUGCUAUCUGUGGCAGGCAGUGCUGCUCCGCUGCUGUUUUAAUUUCUCUGAAUAAAGAGAUGUCCCCAGUGAAUCAUCUGUGUAGGUGUUUAACACCUAUGAAAAUAUUGUGUUAUGUCUUGUCUGUUAGGAAAAGAUGAAAAGCAAGAAUAAGCUGGUCCCUCGGUUACUGGGGAUAACCAAAGAGUCGGUGAUGCGGGUAGAAGAGAAGACUAAAGACGUGGUUCAGGAGUGGCCCUUAACCACGGUGAAGAGAUGGGCUGCUUCUCCCAAGAGCUUCACCCUGGUAUGACCUGCCCUCAGUCUACUCCAAUCCCACAUUCACAGGAACACAUUCCACUCUCUUAACCUCUCUUCUGUCCCUCACAUCUCCAUAUAGCAACAUAAAUAACUGCUAAAGAGUCUGUUGUUGUUGUUACUACCCACAAUCCACAGUGUUAUUGUUCACUUUUCAAUAAGCAGUUAUUGUAUAUAUUAGACUGUGUAUACAAGGGAUUUUACUGGAAGAAUGUGAAGCACUUGGAUGUUUUAUUCAUUUGAGUGCUUUUUCAAUUUAGUAUUUUUGUUGUUGUCAAUAUUGCUGGGUUUUUUUUUCAUCUCGCCUUAUUAAGCAAGACUUCACUCAACUGGAAUGAAUAACCCAUUUAAAGAUUAAUAGCAAGUGCAAUUUUUAAACAUACUCAAAGGUGCAUUUGCCAACAUUGAUUUGAAUUAAAUAUUACUUGUCUCACAUAGGCAGCCUUUGAAGUGUAUGAUACUGAUAUUGAAAAUGAGUAUUUUCAUAUUUAAUCAGCUCUUUGAGGACUCAGAAUCGUAGUGGAACGGAGUCAAAGUGUGUCUGUUCAUUAGGAGAAGGAAUGGUGAAGGUGUUGCCGACAUACCUUUAGUCCAUUCAAAGCUUCUUUCUCAGUACUCCCACAUCUUCCUGUGCUUGUGUGGAUGGAAAUAAACUUUGUGAACGUAUAGCACAGCAUGACAAAGAGCUGUGACACCUUGUGAAAUUAGAAGGCCCUGGUUCAACCUUGAUCUCUGAGAAAGCUGCUGUACUCCACAUACGACAUACACACACUUCUCCAUUUCCUAGAGGUAUCACCAGGAUACUGUGGGCCUAUGUACUGACAGAUGGAGAUUAGUUAUGUGAUGAAGAUAUUGCUACGAGAGGCGUCCAUUUUAGUGGACCUGUGCUGUAACUUCAGUAUCUCUUCUGACUAUCUGCUUGUACCCUGCAGGACUUUGGGGAGUACCAGGAGAGUUACUACUCUGUUCAGACCACAGAGGGGGAACAGAUUUCUCAGCUAAUUGCAGGAUACAUCGACAUCAUCCUCAAAAAGGUAAGUCAAGGCAAACCAGAAAUGACCAAACCAGAAAUUACCAAACCAGAAAUGACCAAACCAGAAAUGACACUUCCCAAGUACUGUAUUUUCUUUAUUAUGACACCUUUUGAUAUUCCCUUCCACAGAAGCAGAGUAAGGAUCGUUUUGGCUUGGAGGGAGAUGAGGAGUCCACCAUGCUAGAGGAAUCGGUCUCUCCAAAGAAGUAAGAAAGGUUCAUAAUGCACAUACUAAAUGGUCUUAAUAGGGUGUAGUCCCAUUUACGUUGAGAAUGCUGACCAGCCAUAUUCAGAAACUACAGACUAGUUCCUCAUGUGAAUGUAAACCUUGGUUUAAUUGUGCAUAUAAUCACAUUUCUGCCUGCCCCGCAUUCCACCCCUUAGAAAAAGAACACAAAAUGAGUUAGACUGAAUUUACCUAUAACAUACUGUAUAGUAUCUGUGAGUUAACAUGUUCUCUGAAACACUAUCCCAGAAUGCCCUCUGUUGUCCCUCUCUCCUUCAGGAAUGUUAGCUUUUAAUUUUUCCUAACCUCCAUAAGAAAAAGCCCCCAGGGCAAGACAGCUAUAUUAUUCUGCAAAAAAAGCACGAAAUCAUCAGGAAGACAUGAAUGAAGAUAUCAUGUUCCUGGAAGCAAAAAAUUUUUUUCUCCACUGAGUUCAUCCCAGUUGCCUAGUUUUCCUCCUGGCCUGGCCUUGCAGCCAGACUCCUAAAGACUCCCUAAUACAGAUGGACUCUUGUCCUGUCACGCGAAACCCAGACACAGGUUGUUAUUGGAAAUCUGUUUGUCUCAUAGCGGAUCCUGCUGUGAUAGACACUGGGCAUCAUAUCACUCCCUGCUGUUUAGGUGCCAAUGGACUCAUGUUUUUGUUCUCAGCACAGAACAUAAUUGCUGCCUCUCAACAUAAGCAGUAAUUAACCAAUAGUGAGUGUGGCUUCUGUUGACAAGGGCAGAGAAUAGCGCUUUUCAUGUGUUUCAGUGCCUAUCGGUGCUAACUCACUGUAAUGGCUUUGUUACUACUGUCCCAUUAUUAGGGAGAAAAUAAUGAGCAUUGACAUUCCUUGUCAGAGGUUGUCCUGUAAAGGUCCAAAUCUCUCUCUCUCUGUCUCUCUCUCUCUCUCUUUCUCUCUCUCUCUCUCUCCUCUCAGGUCCACCAUCCUACAGCAGCAGUUCAACAGGGUGGGUCGUGUGGAGCAUGGUUCGGUAGCACUGCCAGGUAUCAUCCGCUCUGGGUCCAUCGGCGGCCCUGACAACACCUUCAACAUGGGCACCAUGCCCUCUGCACAGCAGCAGAUCACCACAGGGCAGAUGCACAGAGGACACAUGCCCCCACUGGUGAGCAUGCCCGCUGGCACCCAUGCCAAUGUCAAACAGUAGGAGCAGUGAUGUGCAGAGAACCUUGCUUACACCAUCACUAACUACGAUCUUUGUGUUUGUGUAUAAAAAUCUGUAAAUUCUGUGUGUAUGUAUUGUCAGAGCUUGGCCCAGCAGGCCCUGAUGGGGACCAUUAACACCAGUAUGCAGGCGGUGCAGCAGGCCCAUGCUGAUCUGGGGGAGGUAGAUAACCUGCCUCCUCUGGGCCAGGACAUGGUGAGUUCCCACCUCCAUUCACUAGACUAAUCCCUUUAUACACUACAGCCACAAAAUCUCACCAUUCAAAACUUUUCAAACACUCAGAACCUUUUGGUCAAUGCAUCCUGGUCAGUGAAGAUUAAUUUGCUAUUUUAGGUUGUUUUUGGAAAAUAGAUACAAUUAUUAAUCCCAUUGAAUGUCUUUUUUUUUAAAGAUGCAAUUUUGGCAUUUUCCCUCUGUGUUGGUUUGCUAAGCUAAGCAUAGAGAAGCUCUGAGUUUAUUUUAAAUUCCAUUUGAACUCCCAUGUUCCACGUGUAAUUAGGUGGUGGAAAUUGACUAUAAAUAUGAAAGAUGUACUUUAAAGCUCGAGACUGGUGCUUCAAAAGCUGUAGGAGUUGUGAAGAAACCCUAGUCCUUUAAUCACUGAUAAUAAAGUUUAUAUGAGUUGAAAAUCUCCCACUCUGAUGAAAGCUAAUACCCGUCCUUCUCCCUCUCCUGAAAGGCGUCCAGAGUUUGGGUUCAGAACAAAGUGGAUGAGUCCAAACAUGAAAUCCACUCUCAAGUAGAUGCCAUAACAGCCGGAACGGCAUCUGUGGUUAAUCUUACAGCAGGUGAGUGCAAGAGGUUACCUACUGACAUUUUGAACCAUGUACUCAUGUAGAGUUUUCUGUUAUAUUUGCACUGGAAUCCUUGUUUUCUAAAGGCCUCUAGACCUAGCUUGAGAGAAAAGGCGCUUAUCUUCAAAUGCAAACCCAUAGGGAUAGAAUCAAUACACACGUUUUCCGAGUCAGUGUGGAGCACUCAGAGAGGAGGGGCUCUGAGUUCCCUUUACAUAAUGGAGCAUUUCCCAUUUGCCCUAAUACAUUUUUCCAUUGAUGGAAUAAAUAUUGUGUUGUCUUGAAUCUGAACUGGAUGGCAGCCUCUCCCUCCUCUCCCUGGCUGGAGCUGUGCCAUGCUGCUCCACACUGCUCCCUGCCAGCCUUUUGUUAAGUUUUAAUCUAUCCCAGCCAUCUGUUGGAUGGCACUGAGGCUCCCUGUUAUCAUCCAAUAGAAACGUUUACCUCUCCACAAAUGACUAUCACUUCUCACUUUCUCUGUACUUAUCUCCACAGUAGCAUAUCCAAUGUGUUUUCAUUAUGAUGGUGACACUGAUGUGUGUAUUAUGACACCACCAAGGUUGCUGCUUGUGGUUUGGGCUGAGAGAGUGGAGACUGUGUCAGAGGCAGAGCAGAAGGCACUGGAAAGGGUUAACAAGGAUUUUCUCUCUUCUCUAGGUGACCCCACAGACACAGACUACACGGCGGUGGGCUGUGCUAUCACAACCAUCUCCUCCAACCUGACAGAGAUGUCUAGGGGGGUGAAGCUGCUGGCAGCGCUGGUGGAGGACCAGGUGGGCAGCGGGCAGAACCUGAUGGGAGCUGCCAGGACCCUGACAGGGGCCGUCUCUGACCUGCUCAGGUCUGUGGAGCCUGCGGCUGGAGAGGUACAGACACAACACAGCACUGUUCUAACCAUCACAUCUGUUCUAUUCUCCUUAUUGCAAUGAUUACACAGAGAUUAAUAAGACCUGCAUGUGUACUGCCUUUUUAACAAAGGCACUAGUGUGUUUCUAUAGUAUGUUUUCUAAAACAGUUGAAGGACACAAUAAUUAUGUGUCCUGUAGAUAUAAUCACUGGGAGCUAUUUUGGUUCGUGAUGUGAACUGUGUCUGAGAACAGCCAAGUUCUGUGAUUGGGCUGUGGUGCCGCGGUGGGGUCAGUGUUGUGAAUGUGGUGAUGUCAUCCUCUCCCAUGCAGCCCAGACAGAUGGUGCUCACUGCAGCAGGAAGCAUAGGCCAGGCCAGCGGGGACCUGCUGCGUCACAUGGGGGAGGGCGAGACUGACGAGAGGUUCCAGGUUGGACUGCACUUUACUCACUGUUUCUAUAGUUCCGCUGCCAAACAGGAAAACACGCAUGUUCCCAGUUCCUGUUUAAAGCUGCACAUACACUUAUGUAAUGGUAUCAGGCUUUGUUUUCUUUAGCUAUUGUAAUUGAGUGGACAGCAAAUCCCUCAUGAGAGAAUGCCUGUAUUUCCACUGUUUCUGCAUACUAACUAUACAGCUAUAUAGCUACCAGAGUUGAGACCACAUAAUGAAAAUGUCCUUAUUCAGUCCUUCCAGUCACGUUUGCUUAGCUCUGCUGUGGCUGAGUGAGUGACGUUGAUGAGUUUGUUUCAGGACAUUCUGAUGAGCCUGGCCAAAGCAGUGGCCAACGCAGCUGCCAUGAUGGUCCUCAAGGCCAAGAACGUGGCCCAGGUGGCAGAGGACACGGUGCUGCAGAACCAAGUGAUUGCAGCUGCUACUCGGUGUGCCCUGUCCACCUCACAGCUGGUGGCCUGCACCAAGGUACUGCUCCAACUGACGCCCACACCCCUGUUCCCUGUCUCCUGUAGCCAUGGAGGGCAGCUCAGGGCAAGGACUGGUGAUAGGAGAAGACCUGGCUUACUGAACUGAAAUGGCUGUGUUUGUCCUAUCUCUUGAUUUCCAGCACAGACUAUACCCUAUACUAAAUGAGUUAUGUCAAGAAUAGCAUUAUCAGUCUUGUACACACCUAAAUGAGUCCCCUAAACCAGUGGUCACCAACCGGUCAAUUGUGAUCGACUGGUCGAUCUCCAAGGCAUUCCUAAUUGCUCGCCAAACAUUUCUGCAAGAAAUCCAAUGAUAAAGCCUUGCAUUCCUAUUUCGUCUCGCGCUGUUGGUGGUAGGUGCACCCGAUUCAGCUGCCGGGUAGGCGAAGUGUUCCCAUUUUGAACCAUUGAAUGUGUCUGUCUGAAGGUACAAACUCUGCCUUCCCGGUGGGCCUGGAGAGCAAAUCAAGUGCACCUAUUGGCCUACCACUGGCCAAUCUGAUACGUCAGAUUACAGUCUGCAGCUUCCUCGAGCGCACAACAAAGUUGAUACUGUGAAAUUUCAAAACGUUUUAAACCAUGACUAGAGAGAGACUGUCAACGAAUACAGCAAAAAGCUGCUGUUUCUAUGAGUGAGUUAAUGUUUAAGUUGUGCUACAAACAGCACUGCAGCUGCAAUGAAUGAGUAGGAAAGUGUAUCGAUAGGCUUGUGUUGUUAUUAUUAUUAGCUUGGGUCUUUUUUAAUAUUGAGUAAUAUCAGUCUCAGUGGCGGGAGGGAGGGAGGGCAGAGUGACGUUGAGAGGCGGACCCUCUGCUGCUCUCCCCUCUGCUGAGAGUGACCAUUAGAUGCAUUUCAGGCACCAGCCCAGUUAAAUAAAAAAAAGCAAAUUAUUUAAAUGUAUGCUCACUCAGCUGUGCCUCACAAGUAAUACAACUGAUCUAUUAUCGGUGUGAUCAUAUACCUCAAGUUUUGAAAUAUAAUUUUGAAAUUUUGAAACAAUGCAAUGGCAGGGCAAUUCAAGCAUAGCCAAUAUGUAGUGAUAAUGUAUUGAGCCUAUAGCAUACUGCACAAACCUCAUUGCUACAGAACUGUUUUUAAUAGGUUCAUGUUGAAUUGACUUAUGUUUUUUAUGUCAAUGUAUCUCGGCUUGCAUUUUGACUCAGAAAGUGAUCUUGACUCAGAAAAGGUUGGUGACCACUGCCCUAGGCCUAGCAUCUCUGAAUGUGUUGUAUUUUGAAAGUGGCCACUAGAGAUUGUGGACUGUGUUCGUCCAGGUGGUGAGUCCCACCAUCAGUUCCCCGGUGUGCCAGGAGCAGCUGGUUGAGGCAGGGAAGCUGGUGGACCGCUCGGUGGAGAGCUGUGUCAAGGCCUGCCUGGCGGCGACAGACGAAGGUGAGCUGCUGAAGCAGGUGGGUGCCGCGGCCAACACAGUGAGCCAGGCACUCAGUGACCUGCUGCAGCACGUACGCCACUAUGCCAGCUGUGGUGAGCCCAUCGGACGCUACGACCAGGCCACAGACACCAUCAUGACCGUGACUGAGAGCAUCUUCACGUCCAUGGGAGAUGCAGGUGAGCUCUGGGAGAGGAGAGGAGGGGAGGGGAGGUGUGAUAAGGGGAGAGACGGGUUUAGUGCGGAGGGGAGGGAAGUGGUUGAUAACUAUUUUGUUGGUGGUGGGGAGAGAACCUUUCACUCUUUUGAUUAAUCUUGCAAGUAUUUUCACAGUUCUGGCAUCCAGCAGUUUGAGUUUCAAACCUUUAGCUAGCUAUUAUCCAAGGACAUAGUAAGUAAGAAUUAUCACUCAAGUAGGUACCAGUAUUUAGUCUUUUUUUCCUGAGACUUUCACUGGGGUUGUUCCCAUGUAUUUUGACUGAGUGGGACUGAAGAUGUUGUCAGGUUAUGGUUUAUAUUAACUGACCUUCAAAACCCUGCUGUUGAAACAUUUUCAAAGACUGAAGUAUUUGUUAUGUUUCGCCAUGAGUCUGAAGAAUUCCUAAUCCCAGCCUAUCCUCAAGGGGUUGUAGAAAACAUGUCAUCGAAAACCACUACAGAGCUUCAAAUCUGGUCUCAAUCACUGUUCAAUGGUGCUUUGAAACUUAAAAGAAAACAUAUGACCUGACCAUUUUUGGAGGGUUAAAGGGAUACUUCGGGAUUUUGGCAAUGAGGCCCUUUAUCUACUUCCCUAGAGUCAGAUGAACUCGUGGAUACUAUUUUUAUGUCUCUGUGUCCAGUAUAACGGAAGUUAAGUUAGAGGUAGUUUCGCAACCAGUGCUAACUAGCAUUAGCGCAAUGACUGGAAGUCUAUGGGUAUCUGCUGGGGAAGUAGAUAAAGGGCCUCAUUGCCAAAAUCCUGAAGUAUCCCUUUAACACUCUGACUUUCAUAAAUUAUAGUUUUUUUUUUAAUUGCUGUAGUUCAGCCAAGUAUCCUUUAUUAUGAAAUAUGUCUUUAAACGUCCCAUUUCACUGAUGGAGACCAUUUCUGUCUGUAAAUACUGUAGGAUGUAAAGUUGCCUGGAUGUCAUGCGUUUGAUAGUCUUCUCUCUAGUUAUUUCUAGCUGUAGGUGAGUGUUUAGGAAUCACAGUUUUUUAUAGGCUGACUGGGGGAAAUAUGGUAGCUUCUAAACAGCACUAUAGCAGCUUUCUAGUGAUUUUAUGUGUAUUUUUGUGAAGGAAUACAAGAAUAAAGAAAUAUUAUUUUUUAUAACCAGAGUGGAGAAUGCCAAAGGAAACUGUUGUGAUACUGUGAGUACGAUACCAGAAGGUGAAAAGGAAGCCGUGUAGUGUGUGUGAGGCCCAAUGAGGGAUCAGUAAUCAGAGAGUAAUCUAGGCCAUGUUUUUGUGGCGAUAGCACAGUGGGGAGGUAUUGAUGUCGGUCUCUCCUCUCUGAUCUCUCUCUUUCUCUGUGACCCUGUGUAGGGGAGAUGGUGCGUCAGGCCAGGGUGCUGGCUCAGGCCACGUCGGACCUUGUCAAUGCCAUGAGGUCAGACGCUGAGGCCGAGGUUGACGUGGACAACUCUAAGAAGCUGCUAGCCGCAGCUAAACUCCUGGCUGAUGCCACGGCCAGGAUGGUAGAGGCUGCUAAGGUACUAAGACGGAAGACCACUGCGCUAUGCUUAUUAUAAUCCUCGGAAGGAUUAGUGUAUGCCAUUAGUUUACAGUAUGUCAUAUUAGUGUAUUAUCAUUAGUGUCAUGUCUGCAACUAAAACUAGAAUUCUACUUAUAUAAUUUGAUAGAAAGGAGAUUUUCAGUAUUCCUGCUGUAGUCUGAGCCAUUGCAUCUCUUUAGAGAGGAAAUAAUGAAAGGGCAGCACCAAUGGUUCUUAAUAAGCCCUUGGAGCUGUAGACAAGUAUAAAUGAGCAGGAUAUUAUCAAUGUGAAAACGCCAGGCAAGUGAAACGUGUGACACAUUCAUCACGAAUCCGCUGCUGUUACAAAGAAGAAAUGGGACUCUUGCACUGACGGUUUCCUUGGAAACUGUCAGAAAGCAGACAGAGCCUAAUGCCUCUGCAUUUAAUAUACAGUCACGGUGUUGGGGAAAUAUUUAGAGUGCUACUGAGACUAUGAGAGAGGGUUUGAUCUUCCCUUUGCCACUGCAGAACUACGAUUGUAUUUAGUGGUGUUUUUGCUUGCUAUACAGACAUAGCAAGCAAGAACACCACUAAAUACAAUCGUAGUUCUGCAGUGGCAAAGGGAAGAUCAAACCCUCUCUCAUGUGUGCGUACGUGCUUAUGUGUGUAUGUGUUUGUGUGUGUGUAUGUCUGUGUGUGCAUGUCUGCAUGCAUGUCUGUGUGAACAGGGGGCUGCAGCGUACCCAGAGAAUGAGGACCAGCAGCAGAGGCUAAGAGAGGCAGCAGAGGGGUUACGCGUUGCCACGAACGCUGCAGCUCAAAACGCCAUCAAGAAGAAGCUGGUCAACAGGCUGGAGGUGGGUGGAGGGAGAACGAGAGCACAUUGUAACCUUUGUGCUACCAUUGAGACCCUGUCCUGCUGUAGCUUUGUAGCAAUCAACAUUUGUCCUUCCUCACAAACCCCAUAAGUCCAUCCAACACCAUGACACACGAUUAAAGAGGAGAGUGUGUGUCAGAUUGAACUACCUAGAUCUAUGUGAAGAUGGAUGGAUCUCCCCCCAAGCCUUGGGAAGUGCAUAGCGAAAGGCUGAAAUAAUUUAGAAUUAAUUUGCACAAAUGAGGCAUAUUUAGCAUAUUUUCUACUUUAUUUAUUCUCCUGCAGCAGGAGGAUGUGAAGUCCAUUAGUUGUGUGAAUGAGUUAAUCGUAGUGUAAAGAUUUGGGUUUAGCCCUUUAGUAUGAAUCAGUCCCUAAUGACAAGACCCUCACUUCAGUCAUUUGGAGCUUCCAUUGCUCACUAACCCAAGGCUGGAAUCCGUUUUCUAUCAUAGAUGCACAUCUCUCUCUCUCUCUGCAGCCUGUAAUAGUAAUGGGUUCCACCCCAAACAGGAUACAGAGAUAAUAAAAACCAUUUAGAAUGUAAUGGGUUUAGAUUAACUGAGAGCAUACCUCCACCUGCCCACUCAAAUGGCUGAAAUCUCUCCUACUGAUCACCUAAAGCUUUAUAUCUGUUUAGGUUUCCACACAUAGCCAUAUGUAUUGUAUUCUUCCCAGCAUGCUGUGCUCUUGGGAGCGUGAUAAAUAUGUAGUCCAUACAUUUCGCCAGCUCUCUCUCCUCUCUCUCUCUCCGCCACUCAUCUCCCUCCUCUCCUCUUGCGUUGUGCAGUCUGUUUGUUUUCCCCAGGACAAAGAUAGCAUUGUUGUUCAGGUUCUUGUUUCAUCCGCCAUCCUUCCGCCCACAAAACCUGGAAUGUCUUUCCUCUUGCCGAUUUCCAUUUUGUUGAUACUUCAAAGGAUGUCACCUCUGUGUGGAUUAAUGGCAGUAGAAAACAUGUAUUAUACACUGCUUGUGUAUUUUAUGAAUUGUCAACAUUGCGUGUUGAGACAAUGUUGUACUCGUCCCAAAAUACAGUAGUAGGAAAUGUUCAAUGACUUGGAUUCCACAAAAAGUUGUCAUUUUUUGUCAGGUGUCGAUGUCCACUGGAAAAUUCUGAAAUAACUCUUUGGCUUAGUUUGUGACCCCUCAUUGUGUUUGAUCUAUCUGGGAAGCUCAAUCUGAUACUGUAUACAAAUAAGUACUACACGACCCUCUUCUAUGUAUCUGAUGUAAGCCAUUUACCUACAAUAAACCUCUAUCAAUAUCUCUCUCUGUUUCUGGAACAGAUUGCUGCUAAGCAGGCUGCGGCUGCUGCUACUCAGACCAUCGCAGCUGCCCAGAAUGCUGCUGCGUCCAAUAAGAACACUGCCUCUCAUCAACAACUAGUACACAGCUGCCAGGUACAGUAAUAUGGAUAGAGAUUGACCCACAGCGAACAAUAUCACUCUUGGAUCACUUUUGUGGAAAUACCUACAGAUCUAGGAUCUUAAUUUGACCUAUAUUGUCACAGCAAAAUAAUCACGAAGCUCAUAUGCAUUUCUUGCGUUGCAAAAAAUUCUCAGCAACAAAAGAGUGACCAAAUUAAGAUCCUACAUCUGUACACUAUUGAACCAAUCCUAUCACUAGCCGGUUGCUAUAUUGGCAGCAUUUAUAUUGCUGUUUUCAUUACAUUGGUUUAAUCAAAUGAUAUGUGUACUUGUAGGCAGUGGCAAACCACAUCCCUCAGCUGGUCCAGGGGAUGAGGAGUAACCAGGCCCAGCCAGAGGAGCUCAGUGCCCAGAUAGCGCUUAUCAUGGCCAGCCAGAGCUUCCUACAGCCUGGCAGUAAGAUGGUGACGUCUGCAAAGUCAACCGUCCCCACAGUGACGGACCAGGCUGCAGCAAUGCAACUUGGCCAAUGUGCCAAGAACCUGGCCACCUGCCUAGCUGAGUUACGGACAGCCACCCAAAAGGUAAGUCCUUUAACCCCCUAUCCACAGCUACUGAAGGCCAUGUUUUCAUACAGCUCAGACAGCCUCUGGACUCUGUUUGAGAAAGGUUUGUGUCUGUGUAGGCCCAUGAAGCCUGUGGUCCAUUGGAGAUAGACUAUGCCCUCAAUGCUGUCCAAACUCUGAGGAGUGAGCUUCAAGAUGCCAGGAUGGCUGCACACGAUGGACAGCUCAAACCACUUCCUGGGGAAUCGGUCAGUGCAUUAGCAUAACCAAGUCCAAUAUAGAGCAUUUGGAAUACAGUGAUUUGUGCCAAUCAUGCAAAGCAAAUCUGCAGAUGUGUGAAAAGGCGUGACUUGGUGCUCCUGUGUCAUCCCUACAGCUAGAGAAGUGUGCCCAGGACCUGGGUAGUACCUCCAAGGCUGUUGGCUCCUCCAUGGCUCAGCUGCUGACCUGUGCUGCCCAGGGCAAUGAGCACUACACAGGUAGGAAAUCAAACACAGAGAGAGUGCACUGCCAAUGAUUGAGCAGUACAAGAGGAAUGUUCACCUAAACUCAAGGCAGACUUCAUUGAGUGUCUGUGUAGAUUGUUUUGGACUCUACUGAUUAUUUUCUGUCCUUUUGGUUAGAUAGUAUUAGAUGAUAUUAGGAACAGUUUGCAAAAUGUCACAAUCAACUAAAGGGUCCCAGUAAAGCUCUACCAAGUGGGGUGAAAGAGGACAAGUAGGCAGCAGAAACCCUGACAGGCAUUCGCUUUCCCUCCACCAAUAGAUAUCCAAGUGUAAUUCAAUUCUUGAUUUAGUGAUGUUGUUAUCACUAUUGCCUAUGAGGGAGGAAUAAACCCGAUGGGUUCUGCUGCACAGCUGGGCAUUUUCUUUAGCCUUCAUUCUAGCUCCAUUUAGUCUCUCAGGAGAAUUGAUAAAGACACAUUUUUGAAUAGUGUAUUCUAACAAUGGCUGCUUCCUCCCUCCCAGGCUGUGCUGCUUCAAGCUGGGGACUCAGGGUGCUACUCUCUCUCUCUCAUUCAUCUUAUUUUCACUAGAUUUAACAUUCCAUCAGCAGUGGCUCCACUCGGCUGGAUAAUGCAAUUUGAUGUGAUUUGCUGCAUUCCCUCAUCUCUGCUUUGUGUGUAAUAAGUAAAGCCCCAAUCCCACAUGGUGCCUCAUCUCCUAUCUAACUCAUUUGUUUUAACAAUAGGGGUGCUUUAGAUUGGGCUCACCGUGCUGUUCCUACUGUUCAGUUACACAUUACCAACAACUCUUUCUAUUCAUUCUGAACACUAAAGCUGCACCCUUGAAUGUGUGUAUGUACAUAUUUUUGUGUAAGGACAUAUUUAGUGAAGGGAUAAUGAGAUUGAAAUGAGGUAGGAUACAGCUUGGAGUUUGGCUAGUGAAUAAAUCAUGAUGUAGCUAGCCAGAGGCAGAGUAGGUUGUUUAGCUGCAUCUUAAAGAACAAUAAUGAGGCACAGUGGGACGUUGACACCAGGUUUUCCAUCAUUAUUUCCUGGACUAGCUUUGUUAUUCUAACUCCCACACGUCCACUCACUUCCACAUCUGUCUGUCUGUCAUGUGUAGGCGUAGCUGCCAGGGAGACGGCCCAGGCCUUGAGGACAUUGGCCCAGGCAGCCAGAGGUGUGGCGGCCAGCACCAAGGAACCCCAGUCUGCGGCGGCCAUGUUGGAUUCUGCCCAGUACGUCAUGGAGGGAUCUGCCAUGCUCAUCCAUGAGGCCCACCAGGCCCUGGUCUCCCCUGGCGACACAGAGAGUCAGCAGAGGCUAGCACAGGUGAGGAACUCGCUGACUGACUGUAUUGACGUCUUACUCCUAGACAAUUGGGUUCGUGUUCCAAGCACAGUUUUUUCUGUCAGGAUCUUUCCUCUCCUCUGCUUUCUGGCUGAUAACUGAUUUGUAAACACUGCUACUCUCCAUAACAAUUAUCUGCUUUAAGUGUUGCUAUUUUCUUUCCUCUGUCUCCUGCUUAGCGAUCCUCUCACAUGAACGCUAGCUGCAGGACAACUGCUUAUUUGCAGCAGGGCCUUUGGGAGAUAAACAUAUUGGUUGGCAUAUCAAAUCAAAUCACAUUUUAUUUGUCACAUGCGCCGAUUACAACAGGUGUAGACCUUACAGUGAAAUGCUUAUUUACAAGCCCUUAACCAACAAUGCAGUUUUAAGAAAAAUAAGUGUUAAGUAAGAAAUAGAUAACUAAAAAAUAAAAAAUAACUAAAGAGCAGCAGUAAAAUAACAGUAGUGAGGCUAUAUACAGGGGGUACCGGUACAGAGUCAAUGUGCGGGGGCACAGGUUAGUCGAGGUAAUUGAGGUAAUAUGUACAUGUAGGUAGAGUUAAAGUGACUAUGCAUAGAUCCUCUGUAUGCAGGGUCCUCUGUAGCUCAAUUGGUAGAGCAUGGCGCUUGUAACGCCAGGGUAGUGGGUUCGAUCCCCGGGACCACCCAUACGUACAAAUGUAUGCACACAUGACUGUAAGUCGCUUUGGAUAAAAGCGUCUGCUAAAUGGCUUAUUAUUAUUAUUAUAUUAUUAUUAUUAUUAUAAUAAACUGUCUGUGACAGUAGCAUACAUUUGUGACAUGGAUUGUCCUUCUCCGCUUGCAGGCUGAUUUGCAUUUGAUAUGUUUUUCGUUUUCAUAGCUGUGCCCAGGGACUGUGGACACUGUGGACAUUUGUCAGCACACUGACAGGCUUAUCUGUGCUGUGUUGCAGGUGGCCAGGGCAGUGUCCCACUCUCUGAAUAACUGUGUCAACUGCCUGCCUGGCCAGAAGGAUGUGGACAUGGCCCUAAGGAGCAUCGGAGAGGCCAGCAAGAAACUGCUGGUGGACACUGUGAGUCCUGCUGCCAGAUGCACGAGGCUGCAGUUUGGAGUGUUGUCUUAUACACAACCUAAAUAUAAGGGCUUAUAGAAGAGCACGGCAAUGCUGUCCUUAACCUUAACACACAUUUACCAUUCAUUACUGGAGUCAUUAAUCAUCUAUACAGGCAUCUCACAUCUAUCCAGGGCAAAUUCUAACAUAAACAUAAGACCAAAUAUGAUAUGGAUUAUGAUCUACAGCCAUUUUUAUUUCAAUAUCCAAUCAUUUCUCGUUAACAAUUAAGUACCUAUUUUCAAGUAUUGUUUUUAAUUAAAAUGGUCGAAAAGAAACAAAAAUAGCUUCUUACCGAAGAUAACUUUCUCAAGCAAAAAUUUUGCUAGGACUGUCUGGGAGUGGUCUGAGUGGGAAGGGGAAAACUGAAAACUAGCUGUUAUUGGCAGAGAGGUUUGGAACUCUCUUUCUUAUUGGUCUAUUAACAAAUUUACCAGGCAGGCCAAAACACCAUCCCAGCAAAACAGGCUAAAAUGUCAGGCGGUCUUUUCAAAUGCUCUUAAACUGAAAGGGCAUUAUCAUCAUUUUCACAAUUUCACAGUAUUAUUCCAACCUCAUAGUUUAAUAUAUAUGCACAACUGAAUGCAUUCAACCAAAAUGUGUCUUCAGCAUUUAACCCAACCCUCAAACACAGGACAAUUACGUUUUUGACUGUACUGGGCCUUUUAAUGUUACAAAUGAUACUAAUAAUGAGUAUUUACAGUAUGUACAGUGAGGGGAAAAAAGUAUUUGAUCCCCUGCUGAUUUUGUACGUUUGCCCACUGACAAAGACAUGAUCAGUCUAUAAUUUUAAUGGUAGGUUUAUUUGAACAGUGAGAGACAGAAUAACAACAAAAAAAUCCAGAAAAACGCAUGUCAAAAAUGUUAGAAAUUGAUUUGCAUUUUAAUGAGGGAAAUAAGUAUUUGACCCCUCUGCAAAACAUGACCUAGUACUUGGUGGCAAAACCCUUGUUGGUAAUCACAGAGGUCAGAUGUUUCAUGUAGUUGGCCACCAAGUUUGCACACAUCUCAGGAGGGAUUUUGUCCCACUCCUCUUUGCAGAUCCUCUCCAAGUCAUUAAGGUUUCGAGUCUGAUGUUUGGCAACUCGAACCUUCAGCUCCCUCCACAGAUUUUCUAUGGGAUUAAGGUCUGGAGACUGGCUAGGCCACUCCAGGACUUUAAUGUGCUUCUUCUUGAGCCACUCCUUUGUUGCCUUAGCCGUGUGUUUUGGGUCAUUGUCAUGCUGGAAUACCCAUCCACAACCCAUUUUCAAUGCCCUGGCUGAGGGAAGGAGGUUCUCACCCAAGAUUUGACGGUACAUGGCCCCGUCCAUCGUCCCUUUGAUGCGGUGAAGUUGUCCUGUCCCCUUAGCAGAAAAACACCCCCAAAGCAUAAUGUUUCCACCUCCAUGUUUGACGGUGUGGAUGGUGUUCUUGGGGUCAUAGGCAGCAUUCCUCCUCCUCCAAACACGGCGAGUUAAGUUGAUGCCAAAGAGCUCGAUUUUGUCUCAUCUGACCACAACACUUUCACCCAGUUCUCCUCUGAAUCAUUCAGAUGUUCAUUGGCAAACUUCAGACGGGCCUGUAUAUGUGCUUUCUUGAGCAGGGGGACCUUGCGGGCACUGCAGGAUUUCAGUCCUUCACGGCGUAGUGUGUUACCAAUUGUUUUCUUGGUGACUAUGGUCCCAGCUGCCUUGAGAUCAUUGACAAGAUCCUCCCGUGUAGUUCUGGGCUGAUUCUUCACCGUUCUCAUGAUCAUAGCAACUCCACGAGGUGAGAUCUUGCAUGGAGCCCCAGGCCGAGGGAGAUUGACAGUUAUUUUGUGUUUCUUCCAUUUGCGAAUAAUCGCACCAACUGUUGUCACCUUCUCACCAAGCUGCUUGGCGAUGGUCUUGUAGCCCAUUCCAGCCUUGUGUAGGUCUACAAUCUUGUCCCUGACAUCCUUGGAGAGCUCUUUGGUCUUGGCCAUGGUGGAGAGUUUGGAAUCUGAUUGAUUGAUUGCUUCUGUGGACAGGUGUCUUUUAUACAGGUAACAAGCUGAAAUUAGGAGCACUCCCUUUAAGAGUGUGCUCCUAAUCUUAGCUCGUUACCUGCAUAAAAGACACCUGGGAGCCAGAAAUCUUUCUGAUUGAGAGGGGGUAAAAUACUCAUUUCCCUCAUUAAAAUGCAAAUCAAUUUAUAACAUUUUUGACAUCCUUUUUUCUUUCUUUUUUUGUUGUUAUUCUGUCUCUCACUGUUCAAAUAAACCUACCAUUAAAAUUAUAGACUGACCAUUUCUUUGUCAGUGGGCAAACCUACAAAAUCAGCAGGGGAUCAAAUACUUUUUUCCCUCACUGUACUUAUAAUGAGAAGGAGUACUGAGGCCUAUAGUUGUUUCUCUUCUGUGUGUCUCCAGCUCCCUCCCUGCAGUAAGUCCUUCCAGGAGGCUCAGAGUGAGCUGAACCAUACUGCAGCUGAGCUCAACCACUCUGCAGGGGACGUGGUCCACUCAUCCCGGGGUACCAGCAGCCAGCUGGCCAUGGCUUCUGGGAAAUUCAGCGAGGACUUUGAUGAGUUCCUGGACACCGGCAUUGAGAUGGCCGGACACACUCAAGUAGGUAUCAUUAACUGUAGAAGAUUCCAACAGCCCCAUACAGUGCAUUCGGAAAGUAUUCAGACCCCUUCCCUUUUUACACAUUUUGUUACAUUACAGCCUUAUUCUAAAAUUGAUUAAUUAAAACAUUUUCCUCAUCAAUCUACACACAAUACCCCAUAAUGACAAAGCGAAAACAGGUUUUUAGUAAUUUUCGUAAAUGUAUUAAAAAUAGAAAACAGAAAUACCUUAUUUACAUAAGUAUUCAGACCCUUUGCUAUGAGACUCGAAAUUGAGCUCAGGUGCAUCCUGUUUCCAUUGAUUAUUAUUGAGAUGUUUCUACAACUUGAUUGGAGUCCACCUGUGGUAAAUUCAAUUGAUUGGACAUGAUUUGGAAAGGCACACACCUGUCUAUAUAAGGUCCCACAGUUGACAGUGCAUGUCAGAGCAAAAACCAAGCCAUGAGUUUGAAGGAAUUGUCUGUAGAGCUCUGAGACCGGAUUGUGUCAAGGCACAGAUCUGGGGAAGGGUACCAAAAAAUGUCUGCAGCAUUAAAGGUCCCCAAGAACACAGUGGCCUCCAUCAUUCUUAAAUGGAAGAAGUUUGGAGCGACCAAGACUCUUCCUAGAGCUGGCCGUCCGGCCAAACUGAGCAAUCGGGGGAAAAGGGCCCUUGGUCAGGGAGGAGACCAAGAAACCAAUGGGCACUCUGACAGAGCUCCAGAGUCCCUCUGUGGAGAUGGGAGAACCUUCCAGAAGGACAGCCAUCUCUGCAACACUCCACCAAUCAGGCCUUUAUGGUAGAGUGGCCAGACGGAAGCCACUCCUCAGUAAAAGGCACAUGACAGCCUGCUUGGAGUUUGCCAAAAGGCACCUAAAGGGGACUCUCAGACCAUGAGAAACAAGAUUCUCUGGUCUGAUGAAACCAAGAUGGAACUCUUUGGCCUGAAUGCUGAGCAUCACGUCUGGAGGAAACCUGGCACCAUCCCUACGGGGAAGCAUGUUGGUGGCAGCAUCAUGCUGUAGGGAUGUUUUUCAGCGGCAGGGACUGGGAAAGAUGAAUUGAGCAAAGUACAGAGAGGUCCUUGAUGAAAACCUGCUCCAGAGCGCUCAGGACAUCAGACUGUGCUGAAGGUUCAACUUCCAACAGGACCAUGACCCUGAGCACACAGCCAAGACAACGCAAGAGUGGCUUCGGGACAAGUCUCUGAAUGUCCUUAAGUGGCCCAGCCAGAGCCCAGACUUGAACCUGAUCGAACAUCUCUGGAGAGACCUGAAAAUAGCUGUGCAGCGACGCUCCCCAUCCAACCUGACAGAGUUUGAGAGGAUCUGUAGAGAAGAAUGGGAGAAACUCCCCAAAUACAGGUGUGCCAAGCUUGUAGAGUCAUACCCAAGAAGACUCAAGACUGUAAUCGCUGCCAAAUGUGCUUUAGCAAAGUACUGAGUAAAGGGUCUGAAUACUUAUGUAAAUGUGAUAUGAUAUUUCCGUUUUUUAUUUUUAAUGAAUGUGCAACAAUUUCUAAAAACCUUUUUUUGCUUUGUCAUUAUGGGGUAUUGUGUGUAGAUUGAUGAGGGGAUACAACUAUUUUAUCCAUUUCAGAAUAAGGCUGUAACGUAACAAAAUGUGGAAAAAGUCAAGGGGUCUGAAUACUUUCCGAAUGCACUGUAUAUCUGAUUCAUCUCCCUGUGAAAUAAAUGUGGAUAAUUGUUACGACGCCUGAAUAUACUGUUGGUAGACAGUUUAGGUUAAAUAGGAUAAAACGGAAAUGCCUCUGAGGUAGUCAAAUGUUGAGUGGUUUCACAUGUUUCUGUCACGUGAGCAUUUAGGCUAUUUAGAUGUAUUUGUUAUUUAGACCUUUUUAUCUAAUUCACUUAGGCACAUGAUUGUCCCCGAGAGCACUAACACAUUCAGACGUAAGGAGAUCUUUGAUGAUGUUCUUGUUCAGGUUAUUUUGCUCAUUAAUUUGGAUAGAUCGUGUGGGAGUGCAGUUGAUGUACAGUGAGGGAAAAAAGUAUUUGAUCCCCUGCUGAUUUUGAACGUUUGCCCACUGACAAAGACAUGAUCAGUCUAUAAUUUUUAUGAUAGGUUUAUUUGAACAGUGAGAGACAGAAUAACAACAACAAAAUCCAGAAAAGCGCAUGUCAAAAAUGUUAUAAAUUGAUUUGCAUUUUAACGAGGGAAAUAAGUAUUUGAUCCCUCUGCAAAACAUGACUUAGUACUUGGUGGCAAAACCCUUGUUGGCAAUCACAGAGGUCAGACGUUUCUUGUAGUUGGCCACCAGGUUUGCACACAUCUCAGGAGGGACUUUGUCCCACUCCUCUUUGCAGAUAUUCUACAAGUUAUUAAGGUUUCGAGGCUAACGUUUGGCAACUUGAACCUUCAGCUCCCUCCACAGAUUUUCUAUGGGAUUUAGGUCUGGAGACUGGCUAGGCCACUCCAGGACCUUAAUGUGUUUCUUCUUGAGCCACUCCUUUGUUGCCUUGGCCGUGUGUUUUGGGUCAUUGUCCUGUCCCCUUAGCAGAAAAACACCCCCAAAGCAUAAUGUUUCCACCUCCAUGUUUGACAUUGGGGAUGGUGUUCUUGGGGUCAUAGGCAGCAUUCCUCCUCCUCCAAAUACGGUGAGUUGAGUGGAUGCCAAAGAGCUCGAUUUUGGUCUCAUCUGACCACAACACUUUCACCCAGUUCUCCUCUGAAUCAUUCAGAUGUUAAUUGGCAAACUUCAGACGGGCCUGUAUAUGUGCUUUAUUGAGUAGGGGGACCUUGCGGGCGCUGCAGGAUUUCAGUCCUUCACGACGUAGUGUGUUACCAAUUGUUUUCUUGGUGACUAUGGUCCCAGCUGCCUUGAGAUCAUUGACAAGAUCCUCCCGUGUAGUUCUGGGCUGUUUCCUCACCGUUCUCAUGAUCAUCAACUCCACGAGGUGAGAUCUUGCAUGGAGCCCCAGGCCAAGGGAGAUUGACAGUUAUUUUGUGUUUCUUCCAUUUGCGAAUAAUUGCACCAACUGUUGUCACCUUCUCACCAAGCUGCUUGGCGAUGGUCUUGUAGCCCAUUCCAACCUUGUGUAGGUCUACAAUCUUGUCCCUGACAUCCUUGGAGAGCCCUUUGGUCUUGGCCAUGGUGGAGAGUUUGGAAUCUGAUUGAUUGAUUGCUUCUGUGGACAGGUGUCUUUUAUACAGGUAACAAGCUGAGAUUAGGAUCACUCCCUUUAAGAGUGUGCUCCUAAUCUCAGCUUGUUACCUGUAUAAAAGACACCUGGGAGCCAGAAAUCUUUCUGAUUGAGAGGGGGUCAAAUACUUAUUUCCCUCAUUAAAAUGCAAAUCAAUUUAUAACAUUUUUGACAUGCGUUUUUCUGAUUUUUGUUGUUGUUAUUCCGUCUCUCACUGUUCAAAUAAACCUACCAUUACAAUUAUAGACUGAUCAUUUCUUUGUCAGUGGGCAAACGUACAAAAUCAGCAGGGGAUCAAAUACUUUUUUCCCUCACUGUAGCAUGACACACAGGCCUUAAUCCGGUUUAAAGGGUUAGGGAAUUGGCUGUCUGAGGUGGGGAACACGGUUCACCUGAUGCCAAUUUCAUAGGCCAUUCGAAUGCAUAGACGGUGUGACAGUGUGACAAUAAGUACAGUUUCCUUUUCCUGGAAAGAGGUGUCUUGUAAAAAAUGUCAACACAUUUCUCUCUAAGAAACAGCUGACUUGUAUUGUGACCUUGUCUUUGCAGUGCCAAGAGGACCAAAUCGAAGUGAUUGGCAACCUGAAGAACAUCUCCAUGGCAUCCAGCAAGCUCCUUCUGGCAGCCAAGUCCCUGUCAGUGGAUCCUGGAGCAGCUAACGCCAAGAACCUGUUAGCUGCUGCAGCAAGGUGAGGCCUCUCUAUAUGGAGCUUAAUGUCAUUGUGUAAGGAUGUCUGUUAUCACAAACUAGUGAGUAUAAGGAGGAUCUACAUUUGCACAAAGAAAGAGUUUAAGGAGUGGCUAUAUUAGCUAGUCAGUUAGAACAAAAACAUGCUCAAUAUUCAGAGCCAUUCUGACCUAGUUUCCAGUCAAAGCUACACAAGACGAGUACACUAGUACCAUGGUACAUUCCCAUGCACUGAAACAUCUCUGCUGUGACUGUGGUUGUAUGGCCCUCCUCACAGCAUGCUACUAGGCUGAGAGAUAGACGAAGGUAGUAGGCUAGAAUCCCUCCUGCUGGAGACAUGGCAGGCAGCUGGCCGCACUGGGCUUCGAGCCUGACUGACUUCCCUCUCUUUAAUUAGGCAGAUGGAUGGAAGCCAUGGCUGGAGCUUGUCUGUGAUCACGGAGGCUGAGCGCAGCCUUGACAUUACUGUACAGUGUUAGAUUGUCACAGGGAGAGAGGGGUGAUGGGCUCUGCCAUGCGUGUGUAAAGGGGAGGGCUGAGAGGUGUGUGUGUGUGUGCUGUGUGUACAUGUGGAAAGAGAUGUGAGAGCUAAAAAGCCCUGUGCUGCUGCCCUUGUGUUUCAGAGCGGUGACAGAGAGUAUUAACCAGCUCAUCACACUGUGUACCCAGCAGGCACCGGGCCAGAAGGAGUGUGACAACGCUCUGAGAGAACUGGAGGUAGCCUUUUUACCAUACACUACACAGACCUUUUUAUGUUCAGGCUAGACAAUGUUUGUUUCCGUCUAGACAAAAUAAAGGGUUUUGAUAUAAUACUUUCUUUCUUUUUUUUCUUUAUUCUGACAAAGCAAUGUUUUACCAGUACAGAUCAUUCAUGAUGGAUGAAAUGGGAUGAUAUUUAACGACUGAAUGAGAUGCAUGUUGCUGUGGGUUUCUGUAUUGACAUUAUUGUAUGCACAGCAGUGCUCUGUCUCUAUGGGAAAUAAUGACUAAGUCAUUUACUUCCUCUGUGCCUUGAGUCCCUUCAGCCCACGUUCCCUCCUCUUCACCCGCUCUGACAAGUGUUACCUGUCUCUCUCUACAUCCAUCCAUCAACAGAGCCUGCUCAACAUUUAAUGACAGUCACCAUUCAUUUCAACCCCUUGAGUAACACUAAUGAUACUGUUAUGUAACUAACAGAUCUGUGGUUUCUUCUCCAAGUAAAGACCAAGUAAUAAUGUUUAGCGACAUGACUUGCCUCUAUAAAUUAAAGAUUAACAUGACUUCAAAACAGACAGAUUACAUUUUUUUCAUAUAGCACACAUUUUACUGCCCCAACACUGUGGGUAUCAGAUUGGUAGAGUAGCUUGUGCUGUCCUUAUUGUUGAGCCCCUCUCCCUCUGUGUACAGGCUGUAAGAGGAUUGCUGGACAACCCCAGUGAGCCUGUCAGUGAGCUCUCCUACUUUGACUGCAUCGAGAGUGUCAUGGAGAACUCAAAGGUAAAGCCUUACAAAAGUCACAUGCACCAUAGACUUUAAAUGUCAGUGAUGUGUAAUGUGAUAGACAGCUGAAGAGGUAAUCUUAAAGUUUAUUUCCAUUUCUCCAUGUGCAGGUUCUUGGAGAGUCCAUGGCGGGGAUUUCCCAGCACUGUAAGACGGGCGACGUGCCAGCGUUUGGGCAUUGCGUGGGAGUGGCGUCCAAGGCCCUGUGUGGGUUGACGGAGGCGGCUGGACAGGUGAGAUCCCAGCCUAGCACUGACUGACUGUCUGGAGCUUCCAGGCUCCCUCCCACUCCUCCCUGCUAUCAGCCCUGGGCCUGGGUCUGGCACACAACCAACAGUCUCUAUCAGCUCUAAACCUCUAUUCAUGUUUAGUUACAGCACCUAGCUGUCUCUAAAGCAGAAACUAAGCCAUGAGCAUUCCUCUCACCCUCUGUUCAUGUUUAGUUACAGCACCUAGCUGUCUCUAAAGCAGAAACUAAGCCAUGAGCAUUCCUCUCACCCUCUGUUCAUGUUUAAUAACAUAAUCUUUCUCCUUAGCAGAAACUAAAGCUAUGUGGCAUUCCUCUCUUCUCUCUCCUCUCUCUCCUUCUCUCCACACUGCAGGCCUCCUACCUGGUGGGUGUGUCUGAUCCAAACAGCCAAUCGGGUCAUGAGGGGCUGGUGGAUCCCAUCCAGUUUGCCCGGGCCAACCAGGCUAUUCAGAUGGCCUGUCAAAACCUGGUGGACCCUGCCAGUAGCCCCUCUCAGGUGAGAAGACCGAUGUAGUGGGACUCAUGCAGGGACAUUUGUUGACAUUGAAUCUAUUAUACGAAUAGUUACUUGGUAAAUUUGAACAUCAACUUAACAUCAAACUUCUUCCCACAAUAUGCCUCUUUAGAGAAAUUACCCAUGUUUAUAAUGCUUUGUUUGUCAUUUGUUUGUUUGUGUGUUUGGCUGUUUGUUAGGUUCUGUCCGCAGCAACGAUUGUAGCCAAGCAUACCUCAGCUCUUUGCAAUGCCUGCCGCCUGGCCUCGUCCAAGACAUCCAACCCUGUGGCCAGGAGACACUUUGUUCAGUCUGCCAAAGAGGUUGCAAACACCACGGCCAACCUUGUCAAAACUAUAAAGGUAUGUGUGCUCUCUGCCAUGGUCCACUCAUAAAUGGGAUUAUUGUCCUUUGUACCUUCGGCAAUACUAGAUUAAUUAAUGUUCUCUGUUUCAAUUAAAAUAAUUCCAUCAUUAGUAAUGAAGCAAGAUGGCGCUAUUGUGUAUCUGCAUUGGGGUGUUGGCUUAGGGCAGGGGUACUCAAGUACUAGUCCGGUCACACAAAUUUCCUAGGUGGCAAAGGUCCGGAUGGAUAAUGUAAUUUAUCGGCAUAGUAACAAACCGCCACCUCACAACCCAUGCGACCCCAAAUUGUUCACACCCCUCUUGUUGGCGGAGAUAACAUUUUGCAGUUUUAAAGCUAAUUUCUCGCAGUUCUACACAUUUUGCAUGGGGCAAAGAUUUAUUUUGCUCAUUUAAAGCGAAUUUCCUGCAAUUCUACUCAUUCUUCCAUGUCUUAUCUGUGUUUAUAUGAUACCAGGGGUCGAAGCCUGACCGAGUAAAUUAUUAUUAUUUUUAAAUUAUUGUAUUUCUUUUUUCGGGACCCGCAGUCCGUAUUGACCCCCUUCUGGGUCCGGAUUUAGUCCACGGUCCACCAGUUGAGUAUGGGGGGCUUAGGGCAUGUCCUGUUAUUUUCUUCCAGGCCUUGGAUGGUGACUUCUCAGAGGAGAACAGAGACAGGUGCCGUGUCGCUACAACUCCACUCAUCGAGGCAGUAGAGAAUCUAUCCACAUUUGCCUCCAACCCAGAGUUUGCUAGUAUCCCUGCACAGAUCAGCAAUGAGGUUCGUGAAGCUGCUUGUUCAGGGGGGGACUUUGUAUUGUGCGAUAAAGUGCAUUCAGAAAGUAUUCAGACCCCUUGACUUUUUCUUACGUUACAGCCUUAUUCUAAAAUGGAUUAAAUAAAACAUUUCCUCAUCAAUCUACACACAAUACCCCAUAAUGACAAAGCGAAAACAGGUUUUUAGAAAUUGUUGCACAUUUAUAAAAAAAUUUAAAACGGAAAUAUCACAUUUACAUAAGUAUUCAGACCCUUUACUCAGUACUUUGUUAAAGCACAUUUGGCAGCGAUUACAGUCUUGAGUCUUCUUGGGUAUGACGCUACAAGCUUGGCACACCUGUAUUUGAGGAGUUUCUCCCAUUCUUCUCUACAGAUCCUCUCAAACUCUGUCAGGUUGGAUGGGGAGCGUCGCUGCACAGCUAUUUUCAGGUCACUCCAGAGAUGUUCGAUCAGGUUCAAGUCCGGGCUCUGGCUGGGCCACUCAAGGACAUUUUACAUAAGUAUUCAGACCCUUUGCUUUGAGACUCGAAAUUGAGCUCAGGUGCAUCCUAUUUCCAUUGAUCAUCCUGGAGAUGUUACAACUUGAUUGGAGUCCACCUGUGGUCAAUUCAAUUGAUUGGACAUGAUUUAGAAAGGCACACACCUGUCUAUAUAAGGUCCCACAGUUGACAGUGCAUGUCAGGGCAAAAACCAAGCAAUGAGGUCGAAGGAAUUGUCCGUAGAGCUCCGAGACAGGAUUGUGUCGAGGCACAGAUCUGGGGAAGGGUACCAAAACAUUUCCGCAGCAUUGAAGGUCCCCAAGAACACAGUGGCCUCCAUCAUUCUUAAAUGGAAGAAGUUUGAAACCACCAAGACUCUUCCUAGAGCUGGCUGCACGGCCAAACUGAGCAAUCGGGGGAGAAUGGCCUUGGUCAGGGAGGUGAUCAAGAACCCGAUGGUCACUCUGACAGAGCUCCAGAGUUCCUCUGUGGAUAUGGGAGAACCUUCCAGAAGGACAACCAUCUCUGCAGCACUCCACCAAUCAGGCCUUUAUGGUAGAGUGGCCAGACUGAACCCACUCCUUAGUAAGAGGCACAUGACAGCCUGCUUGGAGUAUGCCAAAAGGCACCUAAAGGACUCUCAGACCAUGAGAAUCAAUAUUCUCUGUUCUGAUGAAAUCAAGAUUGAAAUCUUUGGCCUGAAUGCCAAGCGUCUCACGUCUGGAGGAAACCUGGCACCAUCCCUACGGGGAAGCAUGGUGGUGGCAGCAUCAUGCUGUAGGGAUGUUUUUCAGCGGGAAGGACUGGGAGACUAGUCAUGAUCAAGGGAAAGAUGAAUGGAGCAAAAUACAGAGAGAUCCUUGAUGAAAACCUGCUCCAGAGCGCUCAGGACCUCAGACUGGGGCGAAAGUUCACGCAGGAGUGGCUUCGGGACAAGUCUCUGAAUGUCCAGCCAGCCAGUGCCCAGACUUGAACUCGAUCGAACAUCUCUGGAGAGACCUGAACAUAGCUGUGCAGCGACGCUAUCCAUCCAACCUGACAGAGCUUGAGAGGAUCUGCAGAGAAGAAUGGGAGAAACUCCUCAAAUACAGGUGUGCCAAGCUUGUAGCGUCAUACCCAAGAAGACUCAAGGCUGUAAUCGCUGCCGAAGGUGCUUCAACAAAGUACUGAGUAAAGGGUCUGAAUACUUAAGUAAAUGUGAUAUUUUUGUUUUUUAUUUUGAAUAAAUUUGUAAACAUUUCUAUUUAAAAAAAAUCUGUUUUUCCUUUGUCAUUAUGGGGUAUUGUGUGUAUUUUGAUGAGGGGAAAAAAUUAUUGAAUCCAUUUUAGAAUAAGGCUGUAACGUAACAAAAUGUGGGAAAAGUCAAGGGGUCUGAAUACUUUCCGUAUGCACUGUAUGUAAGCUCUUCAAUGAAAAUGUAUGAACAUUUAAAUGCAGUUCUUGCUCAGAGGACUAUUUUUUUUUCAGCAUAUAUUGUCACAUUGUUUUAUUUGUCUGAUUCCUCAUAUAUUCUGUAGUAUAAACGAAACGGCAAAGCUACUCCUACAGAUUCCAUGAAUACAUUGGUAACUACGGCAUUCAAUCUUUCUUGAAAUAGAACCUUAAAUAUAGAGCCAGUACAGAGUUGUUUGUGCAGGAAAGCUUGGGGAAUUGGUUUGAUAUACUAUUUCUCUCUAGUUUAUAUAAUGUGGCUCAAGGAGAAAUGUUAUGUAUUUUAUGUUACAAUCUAGCAGAAAGAGUCCUCACACAGCACUAAAAGCUUUAUGACUGUAAUUAGUUGGAGGGCAGUAUUUAGCCACUCUCUCAGCACAGCUGCUCUAAGCUUCAGCUUGUUAAUAUAAUUGUCGAGGGAGGCUUUGGCUGCCAUCUUAACGACUGAAGGUGUGCCUCUGCGUCUCUAUGUAAAGCUGGAUCUCUAAUCUCAUCCCCCCUGUGAUACGCGGCUCUGAUUACACCUUUGAUCCAUCGGAAGUCGGGCUGAAUAAUAAGAGAUCAGGGACAGCUGUGUAGUAUGUUGCUAUUGAGCUGUUCUGUUAGUUAAGAUAUCUUUAACCUGUGUUCUAUCACCUCCACUGUCCUCCCCUCUCUUCCAUGUCCAGGGCUCGGCAGCCCAGGAGCCCAUUGUACGUUCAGCCCGCUCCAUGCUGGACAGCUCCACCCUGCUCCUGGAGACCGCCCGUUCACUCAUCAUCAACCCCAAAGACCCACCCACCUGGUCCAUCCUGGCUGGGCACUCCCGCACCGUCUCCGACUCCAUCAAGAGCCUCAUCACCUCCAUCAGGUCAGCACUGACCCCUCUGGUUCGACACUAUGGUGCUCUGGAUAUUAUUCUGUUGAGGCUGAGGGUGAUGGGGAGUUCAGCUAGCUCUGGGUAAGUAUCGGUUCGACUGAGCAGUGCGUUGUCAUGGUAAUUUAUGGUGGCUGGGUAUCCACCUCCCAUGUAUUAUGAAGAGGAACGCUCUAGGGCACUGAUAAAGAUGAGUAGGUAGAGUUGCGUGGAGGAUCUGCUGUGCUGCUGGUGCUGCUUACGCAGCUUUCUUAUACUGAGAAAGUCCCUCCUGCUGUCAUGAAUAGAGGUGUCUCUCCUCAUUAUCUGACACACACACAGUGAAUUGCCCCUUAGCUCCAGCACAAUCUGCAUCUGGUCAACCUCUAGAGACCAUGUUUGCAAAACAUGUACCUACUGUAGGUCCUGUAAUACUGCAUUGAUAACCUGUUUGUAGAAGUACUGCCUUGUUCGUAUGUAUCAUGGUUAGGGUUGCAAAGCUAUGGUAAUUUACCAAAGUUACUGGAAUCUUUGGUAAUUUUGGUAAUUAACUGAAAAUCUAUGGUAAUCUAUAGUAACUUUGGUCAUUUAUACUUGAAUAACUUGUUUUAAAAUGUAUUCAUAUAUAGUAUAAUUUUUUUAUAUCUGUGUCCAUAUUGUCCAUGAGUUUCUAGUAGAUAUACCAUAUGGUUCAAGAGAAAAUAGCCUAAUUAAUGAAAAAAGCAUCUAAUCAACAAUGGCCUUAUUUUCAAUUAACUCUGCAACUCUUCCAACUACUGCCACCAGUUUGACGCUGAAACAUUGACAACAAAUACAUAUUGACAUAGUAAAAUAAAUAAGUGUGUAAAAAAAUUAAGGAUAUUUCAUGCCGAAAUCUUCAUAUUAAACACCAAUGGUAUUCACUAAGUUGAUGGUUUGUAUUUAGGAUAAUGUUUUACAGCUUUGUCAUCACAUGUUUUUAUUUUGAAAUCAUCUUAUUUAAUUAUUUCAUAUAUUUUACAUGUGAUAAGGCCACACAGGGGGCCAGAGAUAAUUACAUACACCUGUGAUAAUCUGAAGUACCCAAAAGGGCCACUAGAUGUCUUGUGAUAGAUUACAUCAAAUCCUUGAAAGAUACAGUACCAAUAUUCUGGUAGUUUACUGGUUUCCAGUAAUAUACCCUCCCUUUGCAACCCUAACUGUGAUGCUGCAUUCAUAACCUGCUUGUAAAAGUACUGCCUUGUUCAUAUAUAUCAUGAUACUGUUGUUAGGGACAAGGCACCAGGGCAGAGGGAGUGUGACUACUCCAUUGAUAACAUCAACAAGUGUAUCCGGGACAUUGAGCAGGCUUCUCUAGCUGCUGUGGGCCAGAGCCUACAGGGAUGUAGGGAUGACAUCUCUUUAGAAGUAAGUUCAAAUGGUCAAUAUAAUUGGUUUCUUGAGCUUUCAUUUUCAGUUUCUGCUUCAUAAUUCUUUGCCACUCCCCUAGGCUUUGCAAGAGCAGUUGACAUCGUCGGUGCAGGAGAUUGGACAUCUCAUCGAUCCCAUCAAUACUGCAGCCAGGGGUGAAGCUGCCCAGCUGGGGCACAAGGUACUAGGCUGGGACUAUUCCCCUAUAGCAGUGGUCACCAACCUUUUCUGAGUCAAGAUCACUUUCGCAAGCCGAGAUCUACCGCUCAGAAUUUCUAUAAACAUGACUUACAUAAUUUUUUUACAUUAACCUAAUGAAAAUAGUUCUGUAAGAAUGAGGUUUUUGCAGUAUGCCUAAUAUAUUAUCACAGCAUAUUGGCUAUAUGCCUUGCCUGCCAAUAUUGUUCUUCUCAGACCAUAUUAUAUUUCAAAACCUCGAGCUUUGAUUACAAAAUAGAUCAGUCGGUGUAGCAUUUGCAAGCAUAAAUUGAAAUAAUUAGCAAAUAAUUAGCUUUUUUAUUUUACUGGACUGAUGGGACCUGCAUCUGAUGGUCAUGGUGCUUUCAAGACAACUGGGAACUCUGGAGAAAAAAAAAACGUUCCCCCAAAAAAGUCCCAGUCGGAUCUCGUUUUUUCCAGAGUUCCCAGUUGUCUUGAACACACGGAAGUCGAAAGUUGGAGAUUUCCGAGUUCCCAGUUGUUAGUCUCAGCAGAGGGAGGGAGAGAGCAGCAGAGUGUCCGACUCUCACGGUCCCUGCUCUCUCCUUCCUUUCCUCCGGUGAGACUGACCAGAGAGAGGGAACACCGUCUUCCACCUGAUGGCGAAAUUCAAGUAGCACCGCAUCUGCCUCAUGGACAAAUUCAUGUUGUUCCAGUGGCCAGAGAAAGUGAAAUGCUCCUUGAUAUUUAAAUAACACGACGAGCUGCUAAUAAUAAUAAAAACGCAGGGCUAUCGAUACACUUGGCUACUCAUUCAUUACAGCUGCAGCGCGAGUGGAAGUAGGGAGAAGCAUGUUUUAUGUUUUGUAAUAGAGUUGAAUAAAAACAGUGUUUACAGUGCUGAAUGAAAUUAGACAUAAACUCACUCAUAAAAACAGUAGCUCUUUGCUGUAUUCUUUGACAGUCUCUCUGUGGUCAUGGUUUUAAAAUGUAUUCAAUCUUAUGUAGGCUAGUAUCAAACUGUGCUGUGGCCGGGGUCAUGGAAGCUCUGUAGGCACUGUGAUUUGAGCUAUCCAAUUGGCCAGCGCAGUAGGCGUACUCGAUUUAGCCACAGGCAGAGUUUGUCUUUUCAGCCAAAUGAAAUGGUUCAAAAUGGGAACUCUUUGCUUACCCGGUGGGCAGGGCUUCCGAAUCAAGUGCACCUACCGACAACAGCACAACACGAAUAAAGUGCUUUUCUACAGAAAUGUUUGGUGAUCGACUAGUAAUUCCGCGAUCGACCAGUUGACCGGUUGGUGACCACUGCCCUAUAGGGAGAAAGUCCUUUUUCCUAGAGCCACUCCUCUUAUUCAAUCUGUGUCUCAUACUGUUACAUGAUACUGCCUCUCCCAGGUGACCCAGCUGGCCAGCUACUUUGAGCCGCUGAUUGUGGCGUCUGUUGGCCUGGCCUCUAAGAUCGUGGAUCAGCAGCAGCAGAUGAACAUCCUGGACCAGACUAAGACCCUGUCAGAGUCCGCUCUGCAGAUGCUCUACGCAGCCAAGGAGGGAGGUGGAAAUCCUAAGGUAAUGUUACUGGGCACAAAAGCCAUGUUGGAGCAAUGGAGCAGUACUAAAUUAGUAUAGAUUUCUGUGCACCUCAUUCCACAAUAUAUCAUAUUGUUUAUUGUCAUGUGCAUCGCCAUGUAUAUUGUUAUGAUGAAGAUUGUUGAGUUUCACGGUGGUCUGGUGUGUUUACUGCGUGUCCAGGCUGCCCACACCCACGACGCCAUAGCAGAGGCUAUCCAGCUGAUGAAGGAGGCUGUGGACGACAUUAUGGUGACGCUGAAUGAGGCGGCCAGCGAGGGCGGCAUGGUGGGAGGCAUGGUGGAGGCUGUCGCUGAGGCCAUGGGCAGGGUGAGUGGGGGCUGGCGCACUAUACAGUAGGGGGUGUCUUACUGUAUAGUAGUGUGUGUGUGUGUGUGUGUGUGUGUGUGUAAAUGUGCAUAUGUGCGUGCGCACGUGCAUGCGUGUACGCAUGUGUGUACUGUAGCCACAGGCAGCUCAGGAGUAGAGCUCUGCUGUUAACACUCAUCUCUUCCUACUGCUUUAAGAUGUUUCCUCCACAGUGGGCAGGCAGAGAAACAUGCCCCUCUAACUGACACUCAUUUGUGAGAUGCAUGGGAAGUGUCAGCUCCAGGCCUCAGAGCUGACAGCUGUCACUUAUCCACUGGCUGUCACCCUCCAUCCACUGUGAUCUGUCACAGUCUUGAUGAUGGAGCUCCUAAUAAUGAAUUAUAUUUGAUUGCCUGAAUGCUUCUAUCAGAUGUUGGUCUCUAUAUGUUUCCACCCCAGUGAAUUCCAUUUCUAUUUCUGCAUAGAAACUAACACAUUGUCUGGCCUUUUGUGGAUAUCUGCAUUCUGCAACAUAUUUAUGCAUAGAAUUAAUUGAAUAAAUAAAAGCUUUAUUCAAAUGUGUGGUAGAUGCUUGGUUGGUAUUCUUAUGUGUAUAUUAAGUACAAUAAGUAGCUAAAUUGAAUAUAUUGAAUGAGUCGUGGUUUUUCCUCUGCAGUUGGAUGAAGGCACUCCCCCUGAACCAGAAGGAUCCUUUGUGGAUUACCAGACCACCAUGGUGAAAUACUCCAAAGCCAUCGCCAUCACAACUCAGGAGAUGGUGAGCACAAACAACUACUCCCUGAAUAUGUCAUGUGUCCUUAUAGCUGUAUAAAACUCUUUAUCAAAACUCUUUAACAUGUCAUGUUAUGGCCUUGUUCUGACUGUCUACAGAUGACUAAGUCAGUGACGUGUCCAGAGGAGCUGGGUGGCCUAGCCUCUCAGGUGACUGUAGACUACAGCCAAUUAGCCCACCAAGGUCGCCUGGCAGCCGCCACCGCAGAACCAGAAGAGGUGAGAUGUCAAACAGUGCCUGUCAAAGCAGGAAACACAGUUAAAAUAUAGCAUUAUGAACUCUAAGAAGGCAUAUGGAAUGCGAUUUCUCUGUGGUGCACCUAUAGGCAAGCCCUAUGUCUUUACAGGGCAACAUAUCAAAAGAGGUUUGAGAUGCAAGAGAUUUGCAAAUGCUUAGAAAUAAAUAUGCAGAAAUAUCACACAGAAAGGAUUCAUACACCUUGACUUAUUCCACAUUUUGUUGUGUUACAGCCUGAAUUCAACAUUUAUUAAAUUGAUUUCUCACCCAUCUACACACAAUACCCCAUAAUGACAAAGCAAAAACAAUACUUUGUAGAAGCACCUUUGGCAGCGAUUACAUCUGUGAGUCUUUCUGGGUAAGUCUCUAAAGCCUUGUUCACAUUUAUAAUAUAUAAUAAUAUAAUAUAAUAAUAAUAAUAAUAUAAUAUGCCAUUUAGCAGACGCUUUUAUCCAAAGCGACUUACAGUCAUGCGUGCAUACAUUUUAGUGUAUGGGUGGUCCCGGGGAUCGAACCCACUACCCUGGCGUUACAAGCGCCGUGCUCUACCAGCUGAGCUACAGAGGACCACAUUUGCAGUUUGAAGUGACUCAAUCCUAUUUUUUUGCAUAUCCGAUUCGAAUAUGUUCUCACAUGGAAUUUGAUAUUUCAAGCCACAUUUCAAACCACCUUCGUAGGUGGUUUGAAGUCAGAUACAAAUCUUAUUCCUAGCCAUGCGACUUAUUUAUUUGCCCUCAAGUGGAUUUUAGACUUAUUUGGCAUAUCUUGUUGAUUACUAGCUACUCUGUUGACAGUUUGACAAGAACAUGUGGCAGAUAACUAGCUUGUUAAUUGUUUACAAACAACUUAGUGAAUGUUCUAGAAAGCUAAACCGCUACCUAGCUAGCUAGUUGACUGCUGUGGCUAGCCAAAAAGGACUUGUUUUGAAAGUUGGAUCAUCUUAUCCUUUGAGGCUUUAAAGGUGUUCUUACACUAUGAUUUUGAACAUUCAAAGCAACUGGGAAACGUCCAUGGCAGGCAUUGUUGUCACCUUAACUUGCUACAUAACUUCUGAGUGAUGUGAACCACGAGCACUACCACCAAUCAGCCUACACCACUGCGCAGUGCGCACACCCCCGUUGUUUCUAUGACAACUAGUGUAUUCAUGUCAGCAAAUGACUGCUGUCUGAACACACACAAUUUGAUCGCUUGUAACAUGCUGUUUGGACAGUCAGUAUUCCAAAACAGAUUUGAAAAACAAAACCGAUUUGAGCAUUAAGGCCUGCAAUGUGAACAAGGCUUAAGAGCUUUGCACACAUGGAUUGUACUAUAUUUGCACAUUAUUUGUCUUUUUUUUAAAUCUAGCUCUGUCAAGUUGGUUGUUGAUCAUUGCUAGACAGCCAUUUUCAAGUCUUGCCAUAGAUUUUCAAGCCGAUUUAAGUCAAAACUGUAACUAGGCCACUCAGGAACAUUCAAUGUCGUCUUGGUAAGCAACUCCAGCGUAUAUUUUCUGUUUCUUUUUAUCCUAGAAAACUCCUGAGUCCUUGCCGAUUACAACCGUACCCAUAACAUGAUGCAGCCACCACCAUGCUUGAAAAUAAUAUGAAGAGUGGUACUCAGUGAUGUGUUGUGUUGGAUCUGCCCCAAACAUAUUGCUUUGUAUUCAGGACAUAAAGUUCAUUUCUUUGCCAAAUUUUUUGCAGUUUUACUUUAGUGACUUAUUGCAAACAGGAUGCAUGUUUUGGAAUAUUUGUAUUCUGUACAGGCUUCCUUCUUUUCACUCGCGGACAUUUAGGUUAGUAUUGUGGAGUAACUACAAUGUUGUUGAUCCAUCCUCAGUUUCCUCCUAUCACAAUCAUUAAACUCUAACUUUUUUAAAGUCACCAUUGGCCUCGUGGUGAAAUCCCUGAGCGGUUUCCUUCCUCUCCGGCAAUGGGGUAAGGAAGGACGCCUGUAUCUCUGUAGUGACUGGGUGUAUUGAUACACCACCCAAAGUGUAAUUAAUAACUUCACCAUGCUCAAAGGGAUAUUCAAUGGACCUUUACAAAUAAUUGUAUUUUUUUUGUUUUGUCAUUUAGCAGAUGCUCUUAUCCAGAGCGACUUACAGGAGCAAUUACAGUUAAGUGCCUUGCUCAAGGGCACAUCGGCAGAUUUUUCACCUAGUCGGCUCGGGGAUUAGAACCAGCGACCUUUCGGUUACUGGCACUACGCUCUUAACCACUAAGCUACCUGCCGCCCCUAUUAUUGUAUGUGUGGGGUACAGAGAUGAGGUAGUCAUUCACAAAUCAUGUUAAACACUAUUGUUGCACACAGAGUCCAUGGAACUUAUGUGACUUGUUAAGCAAACUUUAGGCUUGCCAUAACAAAGGGGUUGAAUACUUAUUGACUCAAGACAUUUCAGCUUUUCCUUUUUUAUAAAUGUUUAAACAUUUCUAAAAACAUAAUUCCACUUUGACAUUAUGGCGUAUUGUGUGUAGGCCAGUGACACAAAAUCGCUAUUUAAUCAAUUUAAAAUUCUGGCUGUAACACAACAAAGUGUGGAAAAAGUCAAGGGGUGUGAAUAAUUUCUGAAGGCACCGUAUGUACAGAUACAGUGCAUUCGGAAAGUAUUCAGAUCCCUUCCCUUUUCCACAUUUUGUUACGUUACAGCCUUAUUCUAAAUUGGAUUAAAUCAAUUGUUUUCCUCAUCAAUCUACACACAAUACCCCAUAAUGACGAAGCGAAAACAGGUUUUUAGAAAUGUAUGCAAAUGUAUACAAAUUUAAAAACAGCAAUGCCUUAUUUACGGAAGUAUUCAGACCCUUUGCUAUGAGACUCAGAAUUGAGCUCAUGUGCAUCCUGUUUCCAUUGAUCAUCCUUGAGAUGUUUCUACAACUUGAUUGGAGUCCACCUGUGGUAAAUUCAAUUGAUUAGACAUGAUUUGGAAAGGCACACACCUGUCUAUAUAAGGUCCCACAGUUGACAGUGCAUGUCAGAGCAAAAACCAAGCCAUGAGGUCGAAGGAAUUGUCCGUAGAGCUCUGAGACAGGAUUGUGUCGAGGCACAGAUCUGGGGAAGGGUACCAAAAAAUGUCUGCAGCACUGAAGGUCCCCAAGAACACAGUGGCCUCCAUCAUUCUUAAAUGGAAGAAGUUUGGAACCACCAAGACUCUUCCUAGAGCUGGCCGCCCGGCAAACUGAGCAAUCAGGGGAGAAGGGCCUUGGUCAGGGAGGUGACCAAGAACCUGAUGGUCACUCUGACAGAGCUCCAGAGUUCCUCUGUGGUGAUGGGAGAACCUUCCAGAAGUACAACCAUCUCUGCAGCACUCCACCAAUCAGGCCUUUAUGUUAGGGUGGCCAGACGGAAGCCGCCACUCAGUAAAAGGCACAUGACAACCCGCUUGGAGUUUGCCAAAAGCCACCUAAAGGACUCUCAGACCAUGAGAAACAAGAUUCUCUGAUCUGAUGAAACCAAAAUGUAACUCUUUGGCCUGAAUGACAAGCGUGACAUCUGGAGGAAACCUUUUAUUUAUUUAUUUAUUUUCUUAUUUUUGGUAUUUUUACCCCUUUUUCUCCCAAAUUUCGUGAUAUCCAAUUGGUAGUUACAGUCUUGCCCCUUCGCUGCAACUCCCGUACGGGCUCGGGAGAGGCGAAAGUCGAGAGCCAUGCUUCCUCCGAAACAUGACCCCGCCAAGCCGCACUGCUUCUUGAAACUCUGUACAGCUGGCGACCGAAGUCAGCGUUAAUGCGCCUGGCCGCCACAAGGAGUCGCUAGAGCGCGAUGGGACAAGGACAUCCCAGCCGGCCAAACCCUCCCCUAAUCUUGACGACUCUGGGUCAAUUGUGCGCCGCCUCAUGGGUCUCCCGGUUGUGGCCGGCUGCAACACAGCCCGGGAUCAAAUCCGGAUCUGUAGUGACGCAUCUAGCACUGCGAUGUAGUGCCUUAGACCGCUGCGCCAUUCGGGAGGCCAUCUGGAGGAAACCUGGCAUCAUCCCUGUGGUGGCAGCAUCAUACUGUGGGGAUGUUUUUCAGCGGCAGGGACUGGGAGACUAGUCAGGAUUGAGGGAAAGAUGAACGGAGCAAAGUACAGAGAGAUCCUUGAUGAAAACCUGCUCCAGAGCGCUCAGAACCUCAGACUGAGGCGAAGGUUCACCUUCCAACAGAACAAAGACCCUAAGCACACAGCCAAGACAAUGCAGGAGUGCCUUCGGGACAAGUCUCUGAAUGUCCUUGAGUGGUCCAGCAAGAGCCCGGACUUGAACCCGAUCGAACAUCUCUGGACAGACCUGAAAAUAGCUGUGCAGUGACACUCCCCAUCCAACCUGACAGAGCUUGAGAGGAUCUGCAGAAAAGAAUGGGAGAAACUCGCCAAAUACAGGUGUGCCAAGCUUGUAGUGUCAUACCUAAGAAGACUCGAGGCUGUAAUCGCUGCCAAAGGUGCUUCAACAAAGUACUGAGUAAAGGGUCUGAGUACUUAUGUAAAUGUUAUAUUUCAAUUGUUUUUUUUUUUAUACAUUUGGCAAAACUUCUAAAAAACUAUUUUUGCUUCGUUGGGUAUUGUGUGUAGAUUGAUGAGGGAAUAGAAACAAAUGUAAUCCAUUUUAGAAUAAGGCUGUAACGUAACAAAAUGUGGAAAAAGUCAAGGGGUCUGAAUACUUUCCGAAUGCACUGUAUGUCACAGGGUGGAUGGCACUCUUUGAUAUGAUGCAUCUUCCUUGAGGCUGUACUCCAUAAUGUGAAAUCAAACUGGAAUAUAUUUUCACCUCUCAAACCUCUGUCUCCCUGUCUCAGCUGCACCAACAUAGUCUGUGUUUAAAGAUAAUCUCUGCUAUGAGAGGGAGACUGCUAACGACAGUAUGUGUGAAAACAUAACCUAAUAACAACACACUCUUAUCAAUAGCCUUUACAUAACUGGCUGCUGGAAAUCCUUGUUACCAUAGUGACAUUGUACCCCUCCAAGCCUAAAAGCCUAUAGUGAUGCUGGUAAUGAAGUACCACCCACCCAUGAAUCAGGUUAACCCAGCAGCCUGAUAAGAGUCAGUCAGUCAGUCGAGGACAUGAGGCAUUGUCUGCUGUGUGGAGGGAAGGGAGGGAGGGAGGGAGUGAGUGGGUGGAUGGCAGCUCUCUGAGAGAUGACUCUGUGGUACUGAUGGACUGGCUGGCUGUGCUUGCAGGUGGGCUUCCAGAUUAAGACUCGGGUCCAGGAGCUGGGCCAUGGAUGUAUCUACCUGGUUCAGAAGGCUGGGGCCCUGCAGAUGAGCCCCACUGACAGCUUCUCCAAGAGGGAGCUCAUUGAGUGUGCCCGUGGUGUCACUGAGAAGGUAGGUUGGGAACGGGGCUGAUAUAGUGUAAUUCUUGAACCUUGAGGUAAAUUGUGAUAACUUUAAAGUCUGCAAUGUUAUUAUCUGAAUGCAGAGAAAUAUAGAUAUUCAGUUGAAUCGUUCUGUACAUUGGCUUUUGUUACUGCAUUUUAACAUUGCUAAGCUUAAAGUAAGUUGAGGUUUCUAUUUUAAGUGAAACCAAGAAUGUCAUCCCCUUGAACGGCAGUUGCUUACUGUGUUCUGUGUCUGAUGCCGGUAGCAGAAUCACAAAGGGGUUUUGUGAAGAAAGAGUCCAGGUGUGAAUGUCGUUCUGGUGUCAGGGGAAUAGCUGAGAAUCGGCUCUAGGGAUUAUGGCUUGUUAUAAUGGAGCAUUCGCCACUGUGCCCUUAUUCCCCUGGGGGAAGAACUGGGGGAGUGAAUCAAGCAGACCUACAUUAGGUGUCAUAAAACUGGAGUUAUGUUUUCUAUGUGUUGUAUUAAGAUAACAACUUGUGCUCUACAGUAGCCGUGAAUAUUAAUAUCAGUUCAGUGUUUUAGUUCAUGUUCUCUUGAUUGCACUUAUAUAGUGAACUUAGACCAAUUUGUCCCUUCUGUGGCCCUAGAACUAGCAGAAGAUAUCACUGGUUCUCAAUGAGUCUGCAUUAUAAUUUAUUCUCCUCACCUACCGCAUGAUUUGAUUCAAGGGUCAUAUCAGACUUGAAUAAUUUGUGGCCUCAUGCGUGUGAGGACUGGGUAGCUGAACUUUGCUAUGCCUCAUUUGAAUGCUUCUCUCAUGGCUUUUCGUUUGUUUGUGAGGGACUGCAGAUGUCUGUCUGUCUGGACUGGGAGGGAGAGGGAGCACUGUGUGAUGCAGCGUCAGAUUCAUUGGUUUAAUGUGUUUGUGCAGCAGCAGGCUCAAGGCUAAUGCAUGGUUCCCCCUCUCUCUCCUUCUGCUAGCUCCCUAACAGCUCCCUGCUCAGUCCAGCACUCUCAGAUUACCUCACAGUCGGCCCUCCCAUUACCUUGAUUCACAUCUUGAUUGGAAUGCCAAUGGGAAGCUUUAAUCAAAUGAGGAUUUCACCAACAUGUUAUUUGAUCAUGUACUGUAAGCCGUGGAUCCUGAGUGGUGGUUGUCAUUCACAGAUAAUAGCAGAUAUUAUGCCUAAGCUCCUUUGUUUUCUCUUAACAUAAUAAGGUCAGAGGGUAUGAUUAGUUUAUGAUCAUGCUGUGUGUUUGGAUGUUUAUUGAGACAGACCUGGAGGUGCUGUUGUUAAUCCUGUGUUGUGUGUUGCUCCCCCUGUCUGUCUGUCCAUGCAGGUUUCCAUGGUGCUGUCUGCGUUGCAGGCAGGUAACAAAGGCACUCAGGCCUGCAUCACAGCAGCCAGCACUGUCUCUGGCAUCAUCGCUGACCUGGACACCACCAUCAUGUUCGCCUCGGCCGGAACACUCAAUCCUGAGAACGAAGAGUCCUUCGCUGACCACAGGUGAGACCAGAGCAGGGCAGAGUAGUGAGGUGAACACUGUUCUGUUGAGGAGAUGACCUUGGGCCAAACGUAUUAUGUCCACAGAAACCACAGGUCAAAUAUGGGUCAGUGAAGGAAUAUAAUAGAAUGGACUUUGACCUCAUACAAGAUGGCUUUCCUUGAGGAAAGGGAAUGUUUCUUCCCAUAAACUGCAGCUUCUGUAUGACUAUAGAGUAUUACAUUCAAUAAAUCUUAAUUGUUCCCAAUGGGUAUUUGACAAGAUGUUGUGUGGUGUUCCUCAGGGAGAGCAUCCUGAAGACAGCCAAGGCUCUGGUGGAGGACACUAAGCGGCUGGUGUCUGGGGCAGCGUCCAGUCAGGACAGACUGGCCCAGGCUGCCCAGUCCUCAGCCAACACCAUCACCAUGCUCACUGACGUGGUCAAACUGGGAGCCACCAGCAUGGGCUCUGACGACCCAGAGACUCAGGUAAUACACUGACCACACCAUGUUGGAUUGAAAUUACAACACAUAAAUGUAACACUACAACAAUCUUUCAGACAAUCUUUCCACAUAUUUAUAUCACAUACCUCUAAAUAGUCCAAUCAUAAUUUAACCUGUACGCCAUGUAUUAUGUAAAGGUAAACCUGACAGGCCCGUACUGUUCUGUUAGUCUUUUGUCAUUCUGUCUAGCCAUUCUGUAGCAUACAUUUCCUCCUGCUGUAUCUCUCCCCUUCACUUUGCCAGAAGUAUCAUAGUUCCAGGAAGAAGUGAUAAGGCCAGGCUCUGUUAAAUCCUGCCCUGAGGUAGGCCUGAUAAACCUGUACUCUGUCCAUUGUGUUGUAUUGAUGUGGUGUCUCUCUCUCUCCCUCCCUCCCCCUCUUCUCAGGUGGUCCUCAUAAAUGCGGUGAGAGAUGUGGCCAAGGCUCUAGCUGAGCUCAUCGGCGCCACCAAGUGUGCUGCAGGCAAGCCAGCGGAUGACCCGUCCAUGUAUCAGCUGAAGAGUGCUGCCAAGGUACUGUAAGACAUACACUUCUCUAACAUAGAGAAUACCACACUGAAUUUGUGUAUUCAGCUGCCCUUGUUUUACAGAAAUGUAGCUCCUGUACAGGGAUAUGCUUAUCUAUAGAUACAGUAUCUAAUGCAAUAUGCUGUCUUUGUGUGUCACAGCAGUAGGUUCUCAAAGCAACGCGUAUGAUCCGGUUUCCAACAGGAUAUGACACUUUCUUAUCACUGUUCGUGUUUGGCUGUGUGUUUGUAUUUGUGUGUGUGUGUGUGUGUGUGUAUGUGUGUGUGUGUGUGUUUGCCACUGUCACUGAGAUGGGUGUCAGGGUGUGUGUGACUCAUGCUUGUCACAGUGGGUGUGAGCUCUGAGCCAUCUGUGAUCACACCACUGUGACUGGAGAGGCUCCUUAUCUCCAACACUAUGGAGAGACAGCCACUGACUGGGGCUUUACUGAAGCCUAGCCAAACCUGCGUGCCCUGCUCUUUCUACUCACACUCUCCCUCCAUAUCUACCAACACAUAGGCCAGCAGCUCAGAGAUCAAAACUAAACUCCACAGUAAUCUUUCUCAAUUUUAAUAGAGGAUAUCCAAGGAAACAUUACACUAAACAGACUUGAGCAUAUCGUUUCGCAGUGUGCAGAGAGACCUCAAUGUCAUAGUUAACAUGCCUUACACCCCGAGUCCAGUUAUGGGCUUUAAGUAUACCUGUCCUUGGUUAUACCUUGGACCAGAUCAAAGGAUUUCAUAGGUUGACUGUAUAGCCAGCAUCAUAUAACCAUAAUCAAAGUAUUACCUCUCUAAGACAUGCCCCUAAUCCUUCUCACCCUUCAAUCACUUCUCUCUUAUCCUCCAACUAUUCAGCCACACAUAUGCAACUCUAACUGUUACAUUAGGCUUAUUUUCCUCUCUAGUUUUAAUCUAAUUAGGGCCACCCAUGUAACCUGCUCAAGCUCACAGCUUGUUUUCAUUCCUCCAACAUAUGGUGACCUCCGAAUGGGACCCUCUCUCAAACCCCUCCGUGCUCUGUUCGGGUUGUUGAAAUAUGUUCAGAGUUCCAUGGCACAAUCUGCUCCUCACAAACAAGCUGUACAUGGUCUGUUUGAGGUUUUGAUGCAGGGUUCUUGCUUAUAAAACAAGUUUGUCUGUGGUUCUGCUUUAAGUUUUUUUUCCUCAUGGUCUGAAAUGUAUAGUAUUGUCCUUCCAUACUGUUGGUGUUCUAUCAGGGCUGGAUCUACUGAGACCUGUCUGGUCUCUGGUGCUGGGGGGAGACGACACCACCUGUUGGCCUGGCUCUGUGUUUAUUGAGUUUCAUCCCCACUGCUACAGUCCCUCUAUCUCUCUCUCUCUGAAAGGUGAUGGUGACCAAUGUGACUUCACUGCUGAAGACGGUCAAGGCUGUGGAGGAUGAGGCUACUCGCGGGACGAGGGCACUGGAGGCCACCAUUGAGUGCAUCAAACAGGAGUUGACAGUAAGACUCCCUGACAGGCUCCCCUCGCCAGGCUGGUUAAAGCAAGGGAGGUGUGCCUGUAUAUUGAAUGCCAUACCUAACAGUUAAAAAAUAUAUAUUUUCUCGACUUAAAAUCUGAUAUCUAUUCAACCUUUGCUGCUCCUCCUCUCCUCUCCUCUCCUCCCCAAAGCCCUGCAGUAUUCUCGUUGCUCUUAUCAGGGAUUUUGUAGCAGACACAGGGGGAAAGGGAGGCUGAAAUAUUAGUCAGCUUGUUUUUCUUGUGAUUUACUGCUAAUCCUUAUCAGUGUACCCUCAGGACCACAACAGGCUUUACCUAGGUUGCAAAUCCAAAUCAAACACAGCCCACUUAGCUCACAAUUAUAGUAGCAUCAAUAACACUAGGAAACGUUUUUUUUUUUUUUUACCUUUAUUUAACUAGGCAAGUCAGUUAAGGACAAAUUCUUAUUUACAAUGACGGCCUACCCCGGCCAAACCCGGACAACGCUGGGCCAAUUGUGCACCGCCAUUACAGUGGUCGUGUACACCUCGGGCUGACUGUUGACUGUUUAAGACUAACAAUAAGCGCCAGGAGUAUUUUCUAGUCUGGUCAUAUCGUCAGGAAAAACUCCUGUCCUUGGUAAUAAUGCACGAACCUGUGCAUCAAAGUAGAUCAUCCUCAGUGGCUGUCAGUGCAGUCACAGUUAGUCAUGCUGUGAGUGUGCGCAGGUGUUCCAGUCCAAGGACCUCCCAGAGAAGUCGACCACGCCGGAAGAGUUUAUCCGCAUGACAAAGGGCAUCACCACAGCAACGUCCAAGGCUGUGGCAGCGGGCAACUCUGCCCAGCAGGAGCACGUCAUCGCCACAGCCAACCUGAGCCGCAAAGCCAUCUCUGAUAUGCUGACCACCUGCAAGGUGAUAAUCCACCCCAACCCUGCCAGCUCAGGGCUCACAUCCUCACACUGACACUACAGCACAGCACUCAGUCCCAUAAUGCUGCUCUGCCAGGGAAAAUGUGACAGCAGGACAGCAGGGGCUAGUUCAGAUGGCUGGUGUGACGUACUCAUGGUUCAAUGUCACUCAGCCUGGAACAUUAGGCAUGAUGCCCUUCAGGCACAUCACAAUACUUUACUUCUAGCAGUGAAAAGACCAGGAAAGAAGUAUCAAAAAGCAUUUGGAGACCUUAACAAACUGGCCCAUACUGCUCUAAGUAACAUACAGUCUGGAUAACAGGAGGUUGGUGGCACCUUAAUUGGGGAGAACGGGCUUGUGGUAAUGACUGGAGCGGAAUCAGUGGAAUGGUAUCAAAGACAUCAAACACAUGGUUUCCAUGUGUUUGAUGCUAUUCCAUUUGCUCCGUUCCGACCAUUAUUAUGAGCCGUCCUCCCCUCAGCAGCCUCCUGUGGUCUGGAUAGUAUAUCCUAAUGUAAUGUUUCCCAACUCCAGUCCUCGUGUACCAUCUGUGGUAGCCCCGGACAACCAGACCUGAUUCAACUCAUUGAGGGCUUGAAUAAUUAGUUGACAAGUUGAAUCAGGUGUGCUUGUCAGGGGCUACAACAAAAAAAGUGUACUGUUGGAGGUACUGGAGGACUGGAGUUGGGAAACACUGGACUAGUGGUCACACUAUGUUUUAGACAUUGACUCACUGACUAGACAAGAGCAUAUCACUAGGCAGAGCAUAUCUCUAGGCAGAGCAUAUUUCUAGGCAGAGCAUAUCACUAGGCAGAGCAUAUCACUAAGCAGAGAAAAUGUCACCUUUUCUAAGUUGUUGUUUCUUCUUCCAGCAAGCGGCCUGUCAUCCAGAGGUGAGUGAUGAGGUGAGGAGCAAGGCCCUGCACUACGGGUCAGAGUGCACCACUGGAUACAUCGACCUGCUGGAGCAAGUACUGCUGGUGAGGGGGAGAAUACAAUACAUCACACAGACAACACCUUAGAACUCAUAACCUCUAUUAGCUUGGCCUGAUGGCAUGUGGCUCCAUGAGGAAGGUUGUGUCUGUGUCUGUGUGUGUGUCCAGGUGCUCCAGAAGCCCACGGCUGACCAGAGGCAGCAGCUGGCGGUACACUCCAAGUGCGUGGCGGGAUGUGUGACAGAGCUCAUCCAGACAGCUGAGGCCAUGAAGGGUGAGACAGCACACAGCGCUGCCACACACACACACUUGCAUACAUGCACACACACACAAAUUCACCUAGAGGAGCAUAGUUCGACCAGACUACUGCAUUCUGCAGAAACCCAGCAUACCAUUCUGGCUAUAAAUUCAAACAAUGUAAAUUAGUUUAGGGAUGUUUUCUUCCCAGGGCCUAUAAUGGAUUUGUGUGUGUAUAAUAUUCACAAUAAUGUUGUUUUUUUUAAAACCACCCCAUUAAUCCACAGGUUAUGUGGACAGGUAAUAUAGAAAAUGUGCUGUAGAGUGGGCCUAACAUCCUGAGUAAUUGCAAGUGUCAACAUUAGAUUAGUAGGUUGGCUAUCACAUGUAUACCAGGAAUGUGUCCUUCAGAAGCCCUGCUGCCUGCCUUCCAUAUCUCUGACAGCACUAAUAUAUGUGAUGUUUUAUUUGUGCUUCCCAUGACUGUGUUUUUGUAUUUGAAUGUAUGUGUGUGUGUGUAUAUACAGUGCAUUCGGAAUGUAUUCAGACCCCUUGAUUUUCUCCACAUUUUGUUACGUUACAGCCUUAUUCUAAAAUGGAUUAAAUUGUUUUUUUCCCUCAUCAAUCUUCACACUAUACCCCAUAAUGACAAAGCAAAAACAGGUUUUUAGAAAAUUUUGCUAAUUUAUUAAAAUAAAACACUGAAAUAUCGCAUUUACAUAAGUAUUCAGACCCUUUACUCAGUACUUUGUUGACGCACCUUUGGCACCUGUAUUUGGGGAGGUUCUCCCAUUCUACACUGCAGAUCCUCCCAAGCUCUGUCAGGUUGGAUGGGGAGCGUCGCUGCACAGCUAUUUUCAGGUCUCUCCAGAGAUGUUUGAUUGGGUUCAAGUCUGGGCUCUGAUUGGGCCAAUCAAGGAGACUUGUCCCAAAGCCACUCCUGUGUUGUCUUGGCUGUGUGCUUAAGGUUGUUGUCCUGUUGGAAGGCGACCCUUCGCCCCAGUCUGAGGUCCUGAGCACUCUGGAGCAGGUUUUCAUCAAGGAUCUCUCUGUACUUUGCUCCGUUCAUCUUUCCCUCGAUCAUGACUAGUCUCCCAGUCCCUGCCGCUGAGAAACAUCCCCACAGCAUGAUGCUGCCACCACCAUGCUUCACCGUAAGGAUGGUGCCAGGUUUCCUCCAGAUGUGACGCUUAGCAUUCAGGCCAAAGAGUUAAAUCUUGGUUUCAUCAGACCAGAGAAUCUUGUUUCUCAUGGUCUGAGUGUCCUUUAGGUGGCUUUUGGCAAAAUCCAAACAGGCUAUCAUGUGCCUUUUACUGAGGAGUGGCUUCCAUCUGGCCACCCUACCAUAAAGGCCUGAUUGGUGGAGUGCUGCAGAGAUGGUUGUACUUCUGGAAGGUUCUCCCAUCACCACAGAGGAACUCUGGAGCUCUGUCAGAGUGACCAUCAGGUUCUUGGUCACCUCCCUGACCAAGGCCCUUCUCCCCCGAUUGCUCAGUUUGCCGGGCGGCCAGCUCUAGGAAGAGUCUUGGUGGUUCCAAACUUCUUCCAUUUAAGAAUGAUGGAGGCCACUGUGUUCUUGGGGACCUUCAGUGCUGCAGACAUUUUUUGGUACCCUUCCCCAGAUCAGUGCCUCGACACAAUCCUGUCGGAGCUCUACGGACAAUUCCUUCGACCUCAUGGCUUGGUUUUUGCUCUGACCUGCACUGUCAACUGUGGGACCUUGUAUAGACAGGUGUGUGCCUUUCCAAAUCAUGUCCAGUCAGUUGAAUUUAACACAGGUGAACUCCAAUCAAGUUGUAGAAACAUCUCAAGGAUGAUCAAUGGAAACAGAAUGCACCUGAGCUCAGUUUCGAGUCUCAUAGCAAAGGGUCUUAAUAGUUAUGUAAAUAAGGUAUUUCUGUUUUUAAUUUUUAAUACAUUUGCAAAAAAUUCCAAAAACCUGUUUUCGCUUUGACAUUAUGGGGUAUUGUCUGUAGAUUGAUAAAGGAAAAUGUUUUAUUUAAUCCAUUUUAGAAUAAGGCUGUAACGUAACAAAAUGUGGAAAAAGUCAAGGGGUCUGAAUACUUUCUGAAUGCACUGUGUAUAUAUAUAUAUAUAUAACUAUAGUUUUGUGCAUGACACAAGUAAUCUUUCCAACAAUUGUUUACAGACAGAUUAUUUAACUUAUAAUUCACUGUAUCACAAUUCCAGUGGGUCAGAAGUUGAUUGGAGGUGUACCUGUGGAUGUAUUUCAAGGCCUACCUUCAAACUCAGUGCCUUUUUGCUUGACAUCAUGGGAAAAUCAAAAGAAAUCAGCCAUGACCUCAGAAAAAAAAUUGUAGACCUCCACAAGUCUGGUUCAUCCUUGGGAGCAAUUUCCAAACGUCUGAAAGUACCACGUUCAUCUGUACAAACAAUAGUACGCAAGUAUAAACACCAUGGGACCACGCAGCCGUCAUACCGCUCAGGAAGGAGACGCGUUCUGUCUCCUAGAGAUUAACGUACUUUGGUGCGAAAAGUGCAAAUCAAUCCCAGUACAACAGCAAAGGACCUUGUGAAGAUGCUGGAGGAAACAGGUACAAAAGUAUCUACAGUGGGGGAAAAAAGUAUUUAGUCAGCCACCAAUUGUGCAAGUUCUCCCACUUAAAAAGAUGAGAGAGGCCUGUAAUUUUCAUCAUAGGUACACGUCAACUAGGACAGACAAAAUGAGAAAAGAAAUUCCAGAAAUUACAUUGUAGGAUUUUUAAUGAAUUUAUUUGCAAAUUAUGGUGCAAAAUAAGUAUUUUGUCAAUAACAAAAAAUUCUCAAUACUUUGUUAUAUACCCUUUGUUGGCAAUGACACAGGUCAAACGUUUUCUGUAAGUCUUCACAAGGUUUGCUGGUAUUUUGGCCCAUUCCUCCAUGCAGAUCUCCUCUAGAGCAGUGAUGUUUUGGGGCUGUCGCUGGGCAACACGGACUUUCAACUCCCUCCAAAGAUUUUCUAUGGGGUUGAGAUCUGGAGACUGGCUAGGCCACUCCAGGACCUUGAAAUGCUUCUUACGAAGCCACUCCUUCGUUGCCCGGGCGGUGUGUUUGGGAUCAUUGUCAUGCUGAAAGACCCAGCCACGUUUCAUCUUUAAUGCCCUUGCUGAUGGAAGGAGGUUUUCACUCAAAAUCUCACGAUACAUGGCCCCAUUCAUUCUUUCCUUUACACGGAUCAGUCGUCCUGGUCCCUUUGCAGAAAAACAGCCCCAAAGCAUGAUGUUUCCACCCCCAUGCUUCACAGUAGGUAUGGUGUUCUUUGGAUACAACUCAGCCUUCUUUGUCCUCCAAACACGACGAGUUGAGUUUUUACCAAAAAGUUCUAUUUUGGUUUCAUCUGACCAUAUGACAUUCUCCCAAUCCUCUUCUGGAUCAUCCAAAUGCACUCUAGCAAACUUCAGACGGGCCUGGACAUGUACUGGCUUAAGCAGGGGGACACGUCUUGCACUGCAGGAUUCGAGUCCCUGGCGGCGUAGUGUGUUACUGAUGGUAGGCUUUGUUACUUUGGUCCCAGCUCUCUGCAGGUCAUUCACUAGGUCCCCGGGUGGUUCUGGGAUUUUUGCUCACCGUUCUUGUGAUCAUUUUGACCCCACGGGGUGAGAUCUUGCGUGGAGCCCCAGAUCGAGGGAGAUUAUCAGUGGUCUUGUAUGUCUUCCAUUUCCUAAUAAUUGCUCCCACAGUUGAUUUCUUCAAACCAAGCUGUUUACCUAUUUCAGAUUCAGUCUUCCCAGCCUGGUGCAGGUCUACAAUUUUGUUUCUGGUGUCCUUUGACAGCUCUUUGGUCUUGGCCAUAGUGGAGUUUGGAGUGUGACUUUUUGAGGUUGUGGACUUGUGUGUCUUGUGUGUCUUUUAUACUGAUAACAAGUUCAAACAGGUGCCAUUAAUACAGGUAACGAGUGGAGGACAGAGGAGCCUCUUAAAGAAGAAGUUACAGAUCUGUGCGAGCCAGAAAUCUUGCUUGUUUGUAGGUGCGAGCCAGAAAUCUUGCUUGUUUGUAGGUGACCAAAUACUUAUUUUCCACCAUAAUUUGCAAAUAAAUUCAAUAAAAAUCCUACAAUGUGAUUUUCUGGAAAACAUUUUCUCAAUUUGUCUGUCAUAGUUGCCGUGUACCUAUGAUGAAAAUUACAGGCCUCUCUCAUCUUUUUAAGUGGGAGAACUUGCACAAUUGGUGGCUGACUAAAUACUUUUUAUCCACAGUAAAACGAGUCCUAUAUCGACAUAACCUGAAAGGCCCUCAGCAAGGAAGAAGCCACUGCUCCAAAACCUCCAUAAAAAAGCCAGACUAGAGUUUGCAACUGCACAUGGGGACAAAGAACGUACUUUUUGGAGAAAUGUCCUCUGGUCUGAUUAAACAAAAAUAGAACUGUUUGGCCAUAAUGACCAUCGUUAUGUUUGGAGGAAAAAGGGGGACGCUUGCAGGCCAAAGAACACCAUCCCUACCGUGAAGCACGGGGGUGGCAGCAUCAUGCUGUGGGGGUGCUUUGCUGCAGGAGGGACUGGUGCACUUCACAAAAUAGAUGGCAUCAUGAGGAAGUAAAAUUAUGUGGAUAUAUUGAAGCAACCUCUCAAGACAUCAGUCAGGAAGUUAAAGCUUGGAGUGGCCAUCACAAAGCCCUGACCUCAAUCCUAUAGAAAAUGUGUGGGCAGAACUGAAAAGGCGUGUGCGAGCAAGGAGGCCUACAAACCUGACUCAGUUACACCAGCCCUGUCUGGAGGAAUGGGCCAAAAUUCACCCAAUUUAUUGUGGGAAGCUUGUGGAUGGCUACCUGAAACGUUUGACCCAAGUUAAACAAUUUAAAGGCAAUGCUUCCAAAUACUAAUUGAGUGUAUGUAAACUUCUGAUCCACUGGGAAUGUGAUGAAAGAAAUAAAAGCUGAAAUAAAUCAUUCCAAUCAACACCUACUCACUUUAUUUUUACUAUUUUCUACAUUGUAGUGAACAAGUUUGGGGUCACUUAGAAAUGUCCUUGUUUUCGAAAGGAAAGCCAUUUUUUGUCCAUUAAAAUAACAUCAAAUUGAUCAGAAAUACAGUGUAGACAUUGUUAAAGUUGUAAAUGGCUAUUGUAGCUGGAAUUGGCUGAUUUUUAAUGGAAUAUCUACAUAGGCGUACAGAGGCCCAUUAUCAGCAACCAUCAGCCAUCAUUAGAAAACCCUUUUGCAAUUAUGUUAGCACAGCUGAAAACUGUUGUGCUGAUUAAAGAAGCAAUAAAACUGGCCUUCUUGAGACUAGUUGUGGAUCUGGAGCAUCAGCAAUUGUGGGUUCGAUUACAGGCUCAAAAUGGCCAGAAACAAAUAACUUUCUUCUGAAACUCGUCAGUCUAUUCUUGUUCUGAGAAAUGAAGGCUAUUCCAUGCGAGAAAUUGCCAUGAAACUGAAGAUCUCGUACAACGCUGUGUACUACGCCCUUCACAGAACAGCACAAACUGUCUCUAACCAGAAUAGAAAGAGGAGUGGGAGGCCCCAGUGCACAACUGAGCAAGAGGACAAAUACAUUAGAGUGUCUAGUUUGAGAAACAGAUGUCUUCAGUUUCUUGGCAAUUCCUCGCAUGGAAUAGCCUUCAUUUCUCAGAACAAGAAUAGACUGACGAGUUUCAGAAGAAAGUUCUUUGUUUCUGGCCAUUUUGAUCCUGUAAUCGAACCCACAAUUGCUGAUGCUCCAGAUACUCAACUAGUCUCAAGAAGGCCAGUUUUAUUGCUUCUUUACUCAGCACAACAGUUUUCAGCUGUGGCAACAUAAUUGCAAAAGGGUUUUCUAAUGCUCAAUUAGCCUUUUAAAAUGAUAAACUUGGAAUAGCAAACACAACGUGCCAUUGGAACACAGGACUGAUGGUUGCUGAUAAUGGGCCUCUGUACGCCUAUGUAGAUAUUCCAUUAAAAAUCAGCCGUUUCCAGCUACAAUAGCCAUUUACAACAUUAACAAUCUCUACACUGUAUUUCUGAUCAAUUUGAUGUUAUUUUAAUGGACCAAAAAAUUGAUUUUUGUUUUGAAAACAAGUACAUUUCUAAGUGAGCCCAAACUUUUGAACGGUAGUGUAUAUAUACAGUUUAAGUCGGAAGUUUACAUACACCUUAGCCAACUACAUUUAAACUCAGUUUUUCACAAUUCCUGACAUUUAAUCCUAGUAAAAACGCCCUGUUUUAGGUCAGUUAGGAUUUCUUUUGAUUUUCCCAUGAUGUCAAGCAAAGAGGCCCUGAGUUUGAAGGUAGGCCUUGAAAUAAAUCCACAGGUACAACUCCAAUGGACUCAAAUUAUGUCAAUUAGCCUAUCAGAAGCUUCUAAAGCCAUGACAUCAUUUUCUGGAAUUUUCCAAGCUGUUUAAAGGCACAGUCAACUUAGUGUAUGUAAACUUCUGACCCACUGGAAUUGUGAUACAGUGAAUUAUAAGUGAAAUAAUCUGUCUGUAAACAAUUGUUGGAAAAAUUACUUGUGUCAUGCACAAAGUAGAUGUCCUAACCGACUUGCCAAAACUAUAGUUUGUUAACAAGACAUUUGUGGAGUGGUUGAAAAAUGAGUUUUAAUGACACCAACCUAAGUGUAUGUAAACUUCCGACUUCAACUGUGUGUGUGUAUAUAUAUAUAUAUAUAUAUAUAUAUAUAUAUAGUUAGGGUAUAAUGUGUAUAUUUAUGUUGUAUAUACAGGGCGCAUUUGUAAAAGAGACCUAGGUCUCAAUAUGUCUUCCCUGUUAAAAUAAAGGUUCAUUAAAAAAUAAGAAUAUUGUGUUUGGGUGAGAAUUGGAUCCCAGUGUACAGCCAAUGACCCACUGGGGCUAUCCAUUUCACCUCUCUAAUGCCUCUUGUUUUCCCUCUCUCUGUCCUGCCUCAGAUGGAGGUAAGUGAGAGAUGGGGCUGUUUGGUUCCUGCAGAUCACUUUUCACACAGGCACAGAGGGUAGGGAGAGAAGUAGGGGAGGGGAGGGGAUGGGGGGAAGGGAAGGGUGACUGAACAGAUUUCCCCAGGGUUCAACAUAAUCUGCAUCAACAUAAUUCCAUCUGUUUUCCAAGCUGUUCCCAAAUAGUCCCGUUUUAUGGCCACUUUAAAACCUAUAAAGAGAGACAAUAAUCCAUUGAAAGUACAUUUCUUCAAACUCUUAUUUAACCGUAUUUAACUUUGAGGCAUUAGAAUCACUAUAGACAGAACUUGGCGGAGUGGAAAACCUGCAAGGUAGAUCUGGGUGGCUUUGUAUGUUCAGAAGUAUAAUGCUCAUUAUCAUUGCAUGUGUGGAGUUGUGUUUGUGUGUUGUAAAUUGACUGGUGUGAUGUGGAUUUGUUUAGAAAGGGCAUAAGUGAACUGGCUUUGUCUGAACUGGUGAGGUAUUUUUGUGUAUGUUAAGAGUUAUAGGGUUUCUAUAAUGUGAUUAUGACCUCUCGGUGGUGUGGUUUAGGAUCAGAAUGGGUGGACCCCGAGGACCCCACAGUCAUCGCAGAGACUGAGCUGUUGGGAGCGGCAGCCUCAAUCGAAGCCGCAGCCAAGAAACUGGAGCAGCUGAAACCCAGAGCCAAGCCCAAGGUAGGCCUACCAGUCCCCUUCUCAACCACCUCCAACAUCUCCCUCCACACCUCUCAGACCAGACCAGACCUCCAACACAGAACACACCUAUCUACUAACCUAUCUACUCACUCAUCAGGAAGGCUACCUGGGCCAAAGAUAACAAAAGUUCACAUUGACUUUGAAGUACGGUAAUCUGUUACAGUCUCAGAGCUGCUAUUAGAGAUUGGGAUUUGUUGGGGGGAAUUGGGAGUAUUAUGUGAACUGUAGCCCACCUGUAAAACUAUGCUGACUCAAGACAGCCUACUUGUGUGUUCUGUGAGCUUGCAGAAUGUUGAAGUAUUUAUGGACGUUGGAAAGUUUUGUCUGGGGAGCAAUCUGGUGUUUUUAUUGAGAUUCUGUAGAACCGUGUUGCCAGGAGACAAUUACAUUACUGGGACCUUAAGCUUUUGUUGGAAUGAGUUCACAUUUGUGAUGAUCUGUCUGAAACCUAUUGAAGGAAAGUUCAUCCUCCUUGUUGAACCCAUUUCCUUUGUUUUAUUACAGCAUUCCUUUGUUUUCAGACUAAAAUAAGAAGGGCCUUUCUCGGCCCAAGGUGUUCACCCACUUCAUGGAGUGAUAUUGCACAACCCAACUUUACUGCUCUUAAAAAAACUGUCUGUAACAAAACUAUGACUAUCUCUGUGAGUACUUAUGCAUUGUCUGAAAUUUGAUUACGAAAGUUGAACAGCAAGUAUGUAAGGUGUGAGCUGUAUACAUUUGUGUGUUUGUUUGUGUGUGAUGUGUGUAGAUUGAACCUCUGAUCCUCCCUAUACUCUUCCUCCUUCUCCUGUAGUACUCUGUGGUGUUCUUGUUUUGUGUCAUUGGUUGAUCAGAUCUGGUCCCUCUCUCCAGCUCUCUGGUGAUGUACUAAACAUGGCUGGAGAAUCUCCUGUUUUCAUAAGAGACUUCCUGCAGUCUCAGGUCCAGACUUCAGCAGAGCCCAGUGUUUAUGAGAGGGGGGUGUAGGGAGGUUUGCUUCUUUUGGAUGUCAGUAUCUGUCUGCCCUCUAGUGAACUGUUAACAAUGGUGCAUGCUUUCUUCUUCCACAAGGCAGAGAGACAGGGCAGAGAUUUUGAGAUCUUUGUUUAUAUCAUGAAACAAUCAUUCUUACCAGCUACGGUAUAUGAUGUUUACUACUAUAUUAUGGAAGGUGUAGAAUACCUUAGACCUCAAAAUAUCAAACCCACAGUACACCUUCAGAAAGGGACACUGAAUAAAACAUCUAAAUCAGUGUAAACAAUGUUUCCUCUAAUGACGAGGUAGUGUCUGUGACUAUUUACAACCCCUUCUGUUCACCUUCUACUCCCUCCUUCCAUACUUCCCUCUCUGUGCCCCUUCUCCCCUCCCUCCCACCCUGUAGAAGGGCCUCUCUCGCCCCAGCAUGCUUCACUCUUCCUCCAUUCUCUUGAGAUGUUGUAGACCUGGAAGCCUUCUCUGCAGGCCUCUGUCUGAUAUGUUUGAUAUAUUAGGUUGUUAUUCAGUCCAGCUAUAUAUCAAACAUAUUCCUACAGUGUCCCGCCCUGUCUCCAGCCACGUGUGCCUUGUGUGUUGGUGAUGCUGGCAUGAUCUGUGGUCACUGACUAGUGUAGUCUACUGAGACAGGAGUGACAUUAUUCGUAUUUCCCAAGUAAUCUAUUUUCCUUUUUAGAAUGGGUGCUUCUGUAUCUUGCAAAGUGUUUUGUUUGGACUUUUCAACAGCAAACAGUAUUUGAAGAUCUGUGGAAUGAUUCCCCAUUAUGAAAUGUGUUGGUGGAUGUGAUUGGCCAGUAACUCAACAUGGCACCAUAAAACAACCAAUGGAGUUUGGUCUCCCGAGUGGCGCAGUUGCAGUGCUAACUGUGCAACUAGAGAUCCUGGUUCGAAUCCAGGCUCUGUCGUAGCCGGCCGCGACCGGGAGACCCAUGGGGCGGCGCACAAUUGGCUCAGCGUCGUCCAGGGUAGGGGAGGGAAUGGCCGGCAGGGAUGUAGCUCAGUUGGUAGAGCAUGGCGUUUGCAAUGCCAGGGUUGUGGGUUCGAUUCCCACAGGGUGCCAGUAUGAAAAAUAAAAAAAAUAAUGUAUGCACUCACUAACUGUAAGUCGCUCUGGAUAAGAGCGUCUGCUAAAUGACUCAAAUGUAAAUGUAAAAUGUUGUUUUGUCUUAUUGCCACAAGAUAUCGCCCCCUAGUGCAUUUCCAUGGUUAAAUGUGUGCUUUUGCUUUUAGCAAGCAGAUGAGACGCUGGACUUUGAGGAGCAGAUCCUGGAGGCAGCAAAGUCCAUAGCUGCAGCCACUAGUGCCCUGGUGAAGUCUGCUUCUGCAGCACAGAGAGAGCUGGUGGCACAGGGCAAGGUCAGUUACAACUGUUUUGGAAUCAUAAUUGUCUGAAUGUCACCUCAGCAACAAAAAACAUAAGUCUGUGAAAUGUAUCUUUCUCUGCCCUCCAGGUGGGAUCCAUUCUUGCCAAUGCUGUGGAUGAUGGCCAGUGGUCACAGGGUCUCAUAUCUGCUGUGAGUUUCCAGCAUUGUUUCUUUUUUACAUGUAAUAUUAAAACAUAACUUGACCAUGAAACUGUGCAUGGUGAAUCAAUGUUUCUGUCUGAGGCUGUACCCUGAUGUGUGGUUGCUAUUCCCUGUAGGCGAGGAUGGUGGCGGCAGCGACCAGUAACCUGUGUGAGGCGGCCAAUGCCUCAGUCCAGGGACACGCCAGUGAAGAGAAGCUCAUCUCCUCAGCCAAGCAGGUGGCAGCCUCCACAGCUCAGCUCCUAGUGGCCUGCAAGGUCAAAGCUCAACCGGACUCCGAGGCCAUGAGGAGACUGCAGGUAUAGCCCUACUAAACACAACACAACCCACUGGGUUCCACUGCUGUCUCUCUGACUUCGCCUCCACACACUAUGAUCACACUAUGAUGGCAUUAACCAUGGGUUCUGUAUCCCUAAGGCUGCUGGGAACGCGGUCAAGCGGGCAUCAGACAACCUGGUGAAGGCGGCUCAGAAAGCAGCCUUUGACAAAGCUGAUGACGACAGUGUGGUGGUCAAGACCAAGUUCGUGGGUGGCAUUGCUCAGGUGAGAUUUUAGAGUUUAUAUUCUAAAUACCCUAUAAGUGACACAUUGAAGUGUCACUUCAAUUUUACUUUGUGCAUUUUCCACCUCUACCUCCUCAACUGUUCCCAACUUUAAUGUUGCCUUCACAUGCAAAUGUUUCCUCUCUAAUGAAAUGGUUUUGAAAUUGAGGUAGGCCACUACAGUAUGACUGAAUAGAACAACAGCUGCGAUUCAAAUCUGUGGUUUAGCAGGCAUCCACAGCUGCCUCAACAUCAAGUCCCUUGAAAAGUUUUUACAUUCUUCUGGCCCAGCAGACAAGUUAUCCACUCCCUUUUCAUCCAUGGCCAUAUGUAGAGUAAUUGAGGAGUGGAUGUCUAUUUCAUAGCCUAGGGCUAACUUCUACCUAAGAAGCUUUGUUUUCAACUGAGGAAGGUGAUUGAGUGUCUUCCAGAAAUCAUAUUGUGCGUGCAUUUGUGCAUAUUUGUGUGUGCCUGAGUGUGCGGGCGUGCGUGCAUGGGUGUGUAUAACACUGAAGGGCUUCUAGCCAGCACCCCUCCAGAGGCACUCUCCCAAAGCGGGUCUCUCUCAAGUGGGCUAGUCAUAACCCACCCGCCGCCAUCUCCCAAAUCCACAAGAGCUCCUUGCUUAAGAAAAUAAAUAGAUACUUACUGCAUACUUACAUUUAAGACAUUCCACUAGUUACCACAGAACAGUUAUGUUAAUUCUAGGUUUUCUAUAACCCGCUUUAAAGAAACCUACUGUGAAAUGGAGUAUGAGCAGUAUUCCAAAUGUUCUGAAGAAAAUACUUCCUUUGUAGAACUCAAUCAAGUCCAUAUGUACAUUAAAGGGACUCAAGGAAAUGGUUUCAUGAUUUUAUUACCUGUUGGGUUGGAGUGUUACAGGACAGAUUGGAGAUGAGCAGACUGAAGCAUGUAUUUAACCCUUUCCUCCCCUCUUCAGAUCAUUGCAGCCCAGGAGGAGAUGCUGAGGAAAGAGAGAGAGCUGGAGGAGGCCAGGAAAAAGCUGGCUCAGAUCAGACAGCAGCAGUACAAGUUCCUGCCCACUGAACUGAGGGAGGAUGAGAGAUGA